UUAUAUAUUUUGCUUUGAUGUGUGUAUGAUUUUCUGCAAACUUCUUGUGGUCAGAACAUGUGGUGAUGUCAUCUACGAAUCGGGUAUAUGGGGCUUAUAAAAGCACAAAUUGACAUCCUCCAGUUCACUUACCUAAGUACUUUCAAAAGUAAAAAAGUUCCAUACUGUCAACCAUCAAACAGUCAAACUGUCUGCUUCAAAGAAGAAAAACUCCAACCUCCAGUCACAGAAAAUGCACUGGCAAAAAUGUAAGUUAUAUUUUAAUCGAAUAACUAAAAAAAAACUAACGUUACAUAAAUUAAGGAAGUAAAGGUUUUGGUUCAUUAAUAUUUCUUAUUGAAAGUAGAUAGGCAGGCAUAGAGAAAAAGAAAGACAUAUUAAAGAGAUAUUUUCUGCAACAUUACUAUAUGAAUUAUAGAAACUAAUGUAUAUGGUAGAAUCAUAUUAUAAAGCUAAAGUGAUUUUUACAUUUGUUGUUUCUGAGAUGUUCAUUGGCACACUCAUGACCUGUCCAAUUGGGUCUGAGAGCAUACUUUGAACGACCAUUUGGUUACUGAAACCAGUCUAACUAUAUAAUGAUCCAUGAUUUUAUUCCUAACGAUAUACCCCAUAGAUUCAGGUAGGAUUUGCAAGUCAUCUUUGUUUCACAAAACUAACAAACGGCAUGGUUUUAAUAAAGGUCCCUUCUAAACCCACCUGGAUCCCUGGGUAUACUGUAUUCUUAAACAGGCUAGUGAUACUGAUAAGACUGUAUUGUUUGGAAGAUCUUUCUUUUCCCACACUUUGGUUUUCUGUGGGGUAUUAGUUUGGGAUUAAUUGAGUCUCAGAACAGGGAUAAUUGGAAAAUUUGCCAUUCAUUGUAUUUGUAUCUAAUUCAGUGACCAAAACAUUUGUUUGUAACAUUUUUGAUUUGGAGAGGUGUUCCACUUCUCUCCAGUGACCUACAUUUUAAAAGUUGGUUCUAAACACAAAUGGCGAAAACAAAAAUCCCAUACCUUCCAAAUCAUUUUAAUAACAAUGUGUUAUCUGAUUGCUUUAAUUAGAAGAAUUGUUGAGCAAUGUAAAAUCAGUGGGAGGAUGUUAUGUGAGGUUACACACAAGGUAAUGAAAACACAACUCAAAAGUAAGACAUUGUUAUUAAAAAGGGAUCAGCACGGGUCAUAUUUGGAAAUAAUGCUCUAAAUGGAAACAAGGGGCGUCAUUAAGACUUCCUUCCCAAAUCACAAAAUAAUACUUCCUCUAGUUCUUCCUAAAGAUGAAAUAUUUUGUAACUAUGCACUGUUAAAUAUUGUAUUGUUAAGAUGCAGUUCCUUGUUUAUGCUUGUUCUUCAAAUGUUCUUCUUUUCAUUCCACUUCCUAAUUAUUCUAAUAUUACAAAAUAAAACCAUCUGGGCUAUUCACAAAAGUGUGAAUUGUCUGAAAUCCAAAGUAACUGGAAAGGGAAUUUCAAAAGUUAGGCCAAUGUAGCCAAACUAAAAUAUUCUACAAUCAUCCAUGUUUUAGGUUUGGCUAUUUUGGCCUAAAAAUUUAAACUUGACUUGAAUUCAUUAGGAAUUUCUCACAAUUCACACUUUUGUGAAUAGCCAUUCAUGGAUAAUAUUUGUAUUUAAAAUAUGACCUCAACAAGCAAGCUUUUGGUUUAUCUUUCUUGACAAAAGCUAUUUCUUGCUAAUGAUUGUUUGUUAGUGUUUUCUCGUAGUUACCAGUAUUUAUUUUGCCUCUGUAUUCCUAUGAUAUUUACUAUUUUCUGAGUGGCAUGCAGCUGAUGAUACAACUCAACUCCCUUGUCCUGUGUUCAAACUUCAUUCCAGCCAUGGUCAAGUAAGCUUUUCAGAAUUUCUAGGUGGAUAAAAUAUAUAAUUUAGAUGCAGAACAUCUUGAGUCAUACGUAUUAUAAAACUACUUAUUCAGUUAUAGCUGAGAUCAUAUCCUUAAAUCCUUUGAGCACUUUUAGAAAAGCCAAGUUACAGAAAAAUAUUAUCAUUAUUUAUAAGUAGUGAUGUCGCGAACCGUCCGCGAACUUGCCACGAACGGUUCGCCACGGUUCGCCACAAACCGUUCGUGGCGAACUCCGGUCAGCUGACACAUCCCUGCCAAUCUCCGGCAGACCCUCCCUCCCAGACCCUCCUACUUCCUGGACAGCAUCCAUGUUGAAGGUAGCUUCAACAUGGAUGCUGUCCAGGAGGUGGGAGGGUCUGGGAGGGAGGGUCUGCCGGAGAUUGGCAGGGAUGUGUCAGCUGACCGGAGUUCGCCACAAACGGUUCGCGGCAUCACUAUUUAUAAGUUAUGGUUGACACUUCAUGCCUUAAAAAAAUACAACAAAAGUAAAAUGAGAGAAUAAUCUGUAAAAAUUGUGUAAAAAUUAAUGAACCUGAGAAUGAGAGCAGAUACUUACUUCUUUCUCCAUGGAAGUCAAUAAUUUUGUUAUCAUGACAUUUUCCUCUGGUAGAAUUCUGGAUAUAAAUACCACUCGCCAAUUAGUGUGAUAUUUAUGUCUAUUCUCCCAAUGAACAUUGUAGAAGUAGAAGUAGAUAAUACAUAUCUGUGUUCAAUUGAAGGAGUGGAUGCUCACAGAGAUGGAUUAGGAGUUUUAUCUUUUUUUCUGGAAAAAUGUUUUAAUUUUAGUUUUUGUUAUAUUUUCUAUUUUGUCACAAUUUUGUAAACUGUAAAAUGUUCCUUGGCUUCCUUUGAAAUAAUUAACGUGCAGAUUUGUAAAAUCUGUAAUAUGCAAAAUAUGUCUUGUGUCAGUGGAUCUUAUGUCAACAAAAUUGAAUUUUAUAUGAGAUGGUCGAUAUCAUGAAAGAAGAACAAUCCUAAAUAUAAAUAUGACAUUAAAAUAAUAUCCACUAGAGCAGUGGUUCUCAAACCACUCCUUAUGGCCCACCAACAGUCCAGUAUUUCCCUGUUUUAUUCCAAUGGAGAUACUAACAAAACCUGGACUGUUGGUGGGUCUUGAGAACUGGUUUGAGAAACGCUGCACUAGAGCAUAAUGAAAGGAUUAAGCCUUUAUUAAGGAAUCUCCAUUAUUAAGGAUUUUUUAAAUUUGUUUUCAAGACAAUUUAUUAACCAGUUCCUUUUUUAAAAAAAACAUUAUUACCAAGUUGUUCAUUAAUAUUUAAUCGAAAACAGCAUUGGGUGUUCCUGUUGAUAAUCAGUGGUAGAAAUCAAAAUUAAAAAAAUUAUACAACUUUUUUUAUUUUCACAUCCUUUGUAGAGAUACUGAAGAUUGAAAUGUUUUAAGAGAUGAUAUGGCAUUUGCUAGCUUGAGAUGUUUUCGUCACUUGCGUGUAAGAGCCCUCUGAUUGAUUGGCUUUACAAGACAACUAAUCAAAGAGUUCUACUGAGAUUUUAAACCACGGGAAAAGCUUUUAUAAAAGCUGUUCCUGCAAAACCUCAGUCUGUGUUGGAAUCUUGGCAACUUGUUUUUGUUUUUUUAAAUUUUUAACAGUAGCUUCAGGAUGUAAUAGAUUUUUGCAUUUGGCCUUUUUUUGGUGCUGAAGAAAAAAAUACUAUAGACAAAAGAAGACUUCUAAAGGUAAUUAUGAUUUUUUUUUUCUUACAGGUAUUAGAUCUUUUGCACCUAUCAAUAUUAUUUGGGUGAGGGGGCAUUUUGGUUGGGUGACUUGGAUCUUGAAGUAUCUUAUCCAGCAGGUGGAGGGAGUGUAGUGGUGUAUUGGCCCUAACUUUGGGUGGGUGCUUAGACAAUAGCUUGGCCACUCUCUGUUGAUUAUUAAACAUCCCCCAAUCUCUGCCUAUCCCUUGUACUAUUAAGAUUUUUUAUCACUAUUUGUCAUCUGGCUGCCAGUGCAGGCAGCAAACAAAUUGUUCUGGCUUGGAUUUUCAAAAUCCAGAUCCAUAUUUUAGCUGUCCUGCACUUUGGUCCAUCUGAAAUCCAGACCAAAUUAAGGCUCAUUAGGAUUAUCCUUCACAAAAUCCAGACAAUAUUUUGUAGUCCAAAGCUCCCCAUACAGCAGAAUAUGGUUUUGUCCCAGUUGGUGUGGGACCAUUCUGACUUUAGUAAAUAAGCCUUUAAGUCUAAUGUCUAUGAAGGUACACUAAAUGGUCAACUGGAAUCUAAUAUGCCAAACCGCAAAGAUACCACUGAUGGUAUACUUAGUCAUAACUUAGAACUUCGAUCUGCAGGUGAAGCAAUAGAGUCAGACAUUAAAAGCAGAGAAGGAGCUGGUGGUGAUAUAGUGCCAGGUGAUGAAGAGGAAAAAGAGUUUGGUGGUAUGAGUGGAGAAUAAGUAUGUGCUUUAGGUGGAGAUGCAGAUGUAGUUGCACUUACACACUAAUGUAUUGCAGAACUCUUCUAUAUAUUGUACUCUUAUUGUCAGACCCAGUCAAAUAUUACUGUUGAUGUUUAUAGUGUGUUUUGAAAACCAAACUAAUUGCUUUGACCAAUAUUUUGUUUUACACCAUCUGAGUAUGUUCAUGACUCUCCUUGAUGCCAGUAAUAUUACCAGACAAGUCCAGUUGCCUUGACCAAUAACCAUAUCGAGGACCAAUCUUGCUACUGCUUCUGAUUUAUGCCCUCAGUCCUAGUUCUUACCAUUCUUCAAUGUAGUCUGUCCUUGAUGUGCUUCUUGCUCACAAAAGUCUCUGGCUAUAUUCCAGCAGCUGCAGAACCCAAGACCCAAAUGUGUAUAUCUAAAGACAGUAUGAUACAAACACUAAGGCAUGUAUGUUACAGAACCCACCUUUUAUUAAUUUAAUUUCUUUUAACAUGUGAAAAAGGUAAGACAGGAAGAACAGAAGGUUCUAAACCAAAAACGUAAAUUAAAAAAAAUGAUUACAUUCUUAAAUUAACAACAAAAAAGGGUAAGCACUUAUAUAGUUUGUUUAGAAACAAAGGUGUAGGCAGCAAUACAACCAAACCAGAAGUCUCUGUUCCCGACCAAUGGUGAAAAUAGUUCUCUCAAGAAGAAUGGAAGUUAUGCCUCAGAUAUAGAACAGAUAUAGAACAGAAAAUAAACAGAAAAAAAUCCAGUGGUGUAGUAUGCUCAGAUGAUGGUAUGCACGUGAUGUAAUAGUAAGGGCUUCUAUUUACUUCAUACAUAGUCCACUACGUGGGCAUCCUACACCAAUGCAUUGUUUCUGUUGUUUAUGUUCCAUAUCUCACAGAUGACUGACUCAAAAAUUCAAGAUAAAGUUCAUUGCUGAAUUUAAUAAAUCAUUAAUUAAUUAAAUAUAUUUAAUGAGUAUAAUUCAUUAAUUAAGGUAUACUCUAAAGUUAGAAAAUUGAUGAUAUAUAUACACACUUAAAUUGAUAAUAUAUACACACUGGAAUAAACCAAUAUAGUUUAGUAGAGACAGUGCAUUGUGAGUCUACUAUUAUAACUCCAUGUUAACUAAAGAGAGUCACUGACCACAUCAAGAAGUUAAGUGCUGAGUUGCUGUGUCUGAAAGUCCAAACAAAUAUACCAUCCAGAAAAGUAGGGCAAGUAGGAGAAAAAAGGAAAAAAAAUCCAAAAAUUAAAAAAUAUCUAAAAAAAUUUACAAAAAAAUACAAAAUGGAAAAAGUAAGUAUAUACAGUCCCAGUGUGUACACACUAUAGUAUAUGGGUGGAUCUCACCAAUAGAAGAGAAAGUCCAGUAGGCCAGUUCUCCUUAUCUCUUAAUGUAGAGGUUGAAAUCCCUGUAGUUAGUGUCAAUCUAUUCUUCAUUUACUUUUUCAAGUUGUCCUGGAGGUCCUAAGGUAUGUCUUCUUAUCAGCUGGUCCCGAGUCUCAUGGGCGGGCUGCGCGCUCGGGAUCUAAACACAUCCCUUCAAUGGCCCUGUCAGAAGAGAAAAUUAGUGAAAGUCCCAUACUUUUAUGCAGUUCGGCGUGCCCGCUUGAAUGCGCGGGUCGCGCCUAGAUGACGUCACGACGCUUGCGUCCGCAGGUCGCGUCUGAAUGACGUCAUGGCGCACACGUCCGGUAACUAUGCCCGACGUGUGCCGUUUCCAUUAAGCAAAUCCAUAUUCCUGCACUAUUGUGUGUGUUCCAAUUCACUUGUUAAGUGCAAUACAUACAAAAUAUAAUAAUAUAUAUACACAUACAAUCCUUUACCUUAGUCUGCAUGUAUGGUAAAGAGCAGGUUCCCUAAUGUAUAUUUACAUGGGAAAAGAGCUAUGUACAUUGAAACAAAAAAUCAUAAAAUCAUAUUAACAUGAAGUAUUUAGAUAAUUAAUUAUUAUAAUAGGAUUCUUAAACAAUAAAGGAAUACUAUUCAUAUUUAUAAAUACUCAAGGGUUAAAGACAUAUUAUAUACCUGGUUAAACUGAUCAAGAACAAAGCUACUAAUCAUUUUCAUGCAAAAAAGUUAAAGUCAUUAACAUAAAAGAAGUGUGGCUCAGACUGAAUCCUUGCCUUUAUAUUUUAAAGUUUAAGGAUCAAUAAAUCUAAAUAUUGAAGCUUAUCUUUUCCAAAAAUUUUUUUGAGGAAAAAUGGCAAAAAUAAUGGCAAAGAAUAAUAUUGCAAGGAAAAAUUUUUUUUUAAAGAAAAAAGAUUUUUAAGAAUUUUUUUUUUUUUAAUCCAGGAAUAUAACCUUAGUGUAAUUCCUGGAUUGGUUGGCAUAGUUAUUCCUCGGAUGAUGAGAAGCUCUUUGCAUACUCGUCAUUUAUUUACUUCAGAUAAAUGUUGUCAUAUUGUGAGAACCAUCACUUCAAAAAAUGUCACAACAGAGUCCAAGAAGUGAGAAGUGAUAUAGGCUUGAGAUGUAAUAGAAUUGCAACAGAUAAUUAGCGGUAACCAUUCACCCAUUCAAACAUCAGAUUUUUAUUAUUAUAUAUUUGUUACGCAUACUCACAAGCAGUGUAAUGUGUGGAAAGUGCCUGGGGUUUCCCACAUGUUGGACCCCGUGAUUUCUCGGGUAACGGACCAAGAAAUGGUCAACCUCUUUAGUAGCUUUUAGGGAGUAAAAGAGACAGGCCUGCCAUAUAGUGUCCCAAUGACUAACCGUGGAUAUAAAGUAAUAAAUUAGCCCAAACUUAUGGACCAAAAAAUAAAAAUAAAAAGUUUAAACAGUAUUGUAGUAUUCUAAAUCAUUCUACAAGAAAUGUUUAAGGUCAUAGUCCUCAUUCAAGCCAUCCGGGUGGAGUGUUUCCAAGAUACUAAUCCACUUCGUUUCUUUACAUAAAAGUGCUUUUUGUCUAUCCCCACCUCUACACAAUGGUUUAACACCAUCAAUUACUUGAAAACAUAAUUGAUUGACAUUAUGACCUUGCUGUAGAAAAUGCCUCGGUACUGGUUUGUCACAUGUCCCUUUUUGGAUGGCAGCUCUUAUGUCCCUGUUAUGUUCUCCUAUGCAUACUUUCACUGGCCUGAUUGUUUCCCCAACAUAGAGAAACCCACAAGGGCAUUUCAGAAUGUAAACCACAUAUUCUGAGUUGCAUGUGUAAUAUUCAAGUAUUUUAAAGGGUUUGCCUGAUCGUGGAUGUACAAAACAAUCACCCCUGAUUAUACUGUUGCAAUGUAUACAGCUUAGGCAAGGAAAUGUGCCUUUCUUAGGUUCAGAGAAAAAUCUUCUCUGUUUCUUGUUACUGCCUUUAUCUGGGUGCACCAAUUUAUCCCUAAGAUUCUGUGCCCGUUUAUACGAAAAUAGGGGAGGAUUCCUAAAUUCAAGUUGAGAUCGGCCUCAAAGAUGUUCCAGUGUUUCAUUAUGAUUUUUUAACGGCAUUAACGGCAUUACUGUAAGGUGUGUAUGGUGAUAUAAAUGGAAUUCUUUGUAUAGUGUCCUUAUUUCUUCCUAUGGGGUUAAGCGCUUCUUCCCUAUCCAUAUCUAAGAUCCUAGUUCUGUGUCGUGUCACUAGUUCUAAUGGAUAACCCCUAUCUAUAAAUUUGUUGCACAUGAACUCCAUCCCUGGUUCCACACGAUCUUCCUGUGAGAUUAUCCUUUUCACUCUCAGCAUUUGGCUAAAUGGUAAGCCAUCUCUAAGAUGUUGGGGAUGAUAACUAGUGUAUUCCAAAAGAUUAUUUCUAUCAGUGGGUUUCGUAUAGAUGUCUGUGUGUAAUUUAUUGUCAAUCAAAUGUACCUGUGUAUCCAGGAAUGGAACCAUGUGUCUGUCACAUGCCAUAGUGAAUUUGAUGUUAGGGUCCAGAGAAUUCAGUUGGUUAAAAAAAUUGUCCAACUGAGCCCUCGUGCCCCCCCAACAUACAAACACAUCGUCGAUAAAUCUCUUCCAUGUAAGGCAUUUCUCAAACAGUGGAACAGCAUAUAUGUGUAGUUCCUCCAGCUUAUUCAUGUAUAUAUUUGCGUAAGUGGGGGCUACAUUCAACCCCAUUGCUGUCCCUUUGAUUUGCCUAUAAAAGUUGUCUUCAAAGAGAAAGUAAUUCUCAGUCAGGACAAAUCGUAGUAGUUCCAAUAUGUAUAUUUUGGUAUCUGAAUAUUGGGCUAAUGUAGGAUCCUGCUCUAAUGUCCACUCAACUGCUCGUAGUCCCCCUAUAUGAUCAAUUGCUGUAUACAAUGAUUAAACAUCCAACGUCACCAACCAAACUUCCGUGGAAUGUUCAAUAUUGAGGUUGUUAAUCAAUUUUAAAAAAUCAUUUGUGUCUUUGAUAUAUGAUUUUUGUUUUGGAACGUACUUGAUCAAGAAUUUAUCUAACAUUACUGCUGGUGGUUGUAAAAUAGAAUCCGUGCCACUAACAAUGGGCCUUCCUGGUGGGGUCUGUAAAUAUUUGUGUAUUUUCAGGAGGGUAUAAAAAACAGGCGUUGUUGGAUAUUUCCUAUGCAUAUAUUUAUAUUCUCCCUCUGUGAUAAUGCCUUUGUCCAUGGCCGCCCUAUUUAAUGUCUGUAACUGUCUGUAACUGCUGGAUGGGAUUCCCAUCCAUAGGUUGAUAACUUGAUAUGUCAUUUAAUUGUGAUCUGAUCUCUUUGACAUAAUAAUCCCGAUUCAUGGCCACCUCGAUACUUUGCACCAAUACGGAUAAAAGAGUGCCUGUUAGUAUUUUUCCUAUGGACAGGCUGAAUGCGCACGCUGCUCUUGUGCAUGCGCAUUCAGCCGGUAACGGAAGAAGAGGGAGGAGAGUCUCCAGCGUCGAGGGAGCCCGGCGCUGGAAAAGAGGUAAGCGAUUAACCCCUUCCUCCCCCCUCAGCACCACGGGAGUGCCAGGAAAACGAGUAUGUUUUCUGGCACACACACUGGCGCACACACACAGAUACACACACUGGCAGAUACACACUGGCACAUAGAUACACAAACUGAGAGACAGAUCACACACCUUGACACACAGAUACGUACACACAUAGAUACAUACAUACACAGAAAAACCUUGUGUGUCAAGAUGUGUGUAUCUGUGUGUUAGUGUGUGUAUCUUUGUACCAGUGUGUGUAUCUGUGGGCCUGUGUGUGUAUGUGUCAGUGUGUAUCUGUCAGUGUGUGUAUCUGUGUGCUAGUGUGUAUAUGUGUGUCAAGUUGUGUAUAUAUGCAUGUAUGUGCCGGUGUGUAUCUGUGUUUGUAUGUGCCGGUUUGUCUCUAUGUGUCAAGGUGUGUGUAUCUGUUUUGGUAUGUGCCAGUGUCUGUAUCUGUGUGUCAAGGUGUGUGUAUCUGUGUCAGUGUUUGUGUAUUUAUGACUGAGUAUGUGUCGUGUGUUUCUGUUUGGUAAUGUGUAAAUAUAUACAUGUACAGACAUUCCAGCAAUCAAACACCAAAACAACACAUACUCCUGCAAACACAAACAUGACAUAAAGACACCCCUGACCUCUAACUCCAAAAUUAUAUACAAAUACUACACACAAAUGUAAAUUCACAUUUAAAAUCCAACACUACAUCCAAAUACACCUCUGCACAUAAAUGCUAACAUUCCAUACAAACACACCCUUGUAUUAAAAUGAUGAAAUUACAUACAAAUACCAACUCUACACACAAAAACACACCUGCUCCUAAGUACUGCAAUCUAUUUACUAUCUCUAUAAAUUAGUGUGUGUAUAUAUAGAAAGAAAAAAAACACAAUUUGCAAAAAAAGUAAGACAUUAUGCUCUGCUAAUUAAAAGGUUUAUGCAACGGUGUAAAAAAAAUUAUUUUUGGGGGUGUGGGGGACUUCCACGAUGAAGACAACCCCGCCAAAUUUGCGCUGAUGCUCUGAUCCCUCUCCCGCAGUGCCAACAUGUCUCUAAAAACAAUUGAUGCAUAUGAUAUUGGAUCUGAGGGAUUCUAGAACACCUAGUCAGUAGUUUAUAAUUCCGCUUCUAAACUUUAGUUGAAACUGAGCUCUGGUGUAUCAAAUUAAACAUUUUUAUCCACUAGGCUUCAGAAAGAGUAUGCCCAAUCAGAGGCUGUAACACAAAGAACAAUGGAACACCACCUACCAGUUGGGGUGCAAGGAAUCCGGCUACACCAAAACUAGAAACAUCCAGAAAAGUACGUUGUGUUGAAGCAGUGUGCCUUCAUUUAAGAGCCCAUAGUUAACAAAUCAUUUUGAAUGCUUGCACUUUCUAUGUCAAGCUAAUACAUAACAGUCAGUUAGAAGUAUUGCUAUAAGCACACAGAAUCAUGAUUAUAAUACAUAAGUGUAAUAAAUCACUGUAAUAUUCUGAAUGACAUAUUGCCGAAAUUUGGGCAUCCCAAAAAAUAUUCUAUUUUCAAAAAAUAUAAUUAGUCUGAACCAUAUUUUCUCACCAUGCACAUGUUUAGUAUGCAUAUCCUUAAUAUUUUAUUAAAAUGCAUACAUACCCACAAUAUGUUCUUCUUGUGACUGAGUCACUAAGUUACUAACCACUUUUUUUGAGUCAACUAUUUCCUUAUUUUGUUUUCAUUAAUGCAAUGCUGGUAAUUACUUUGCAUCUCCCAGAGGCUACAAUCCAUAUUUUAGAUUCGGUUUUGAGGACAUCACCUUUCGGAAUACCAUCAUACCUGGUUGACUCUUGGGUAACAUGCUUAUUUUACUCUUUUUUUGUUAUAAAAAUUACAUUUGUGGGUUUCUUUAUACAGCUUAUUGCUUAGGAAUGUGUGAUUAAUGUUUAAUGUUUAAAACAUAUCAGAGAAUGCUAUAGUCUUCCCUCCCUGGUUCUGCAUUUCUUCUGGCAAAAGUGACCACGAGCAUUUAUGGAUCCUAUGAUACCUUCCCAUAUCUGUUUCUGAAAAAAAUAAACCCAAGUCUGUUUUAUUUUUUAAAGAUUUUUUUUUCCUCUAUAUGAAUAAUAUUUGCCCAAGGCAAAGUACAAAGUGCACAACUGUCAACAUUUGAAAGAAAAAAACAUUGCAGGUACUCUUUUCAUAAAAGCAAGAACGCUGGUUACUGGAACAUUGACCACAACUAAUAAACUGUUUCCACAGCCCUGCCCUUAUUGCCCCACCCAAUAUUAGUAGGCUAAAGAUCAUUAGAUUAAAUGUAAAUAUAAAUAGAGGGGCAGACUGAACCCCUUAAGCAUGGUACAGAGACCUGGCUGAGGAAGGGGGCCCGCUGCCCAACCACUCUGUCUGUGAGGCCCUGUCACACCUAAAUCGAAGCGGGCGACUCGAGUCUGAUGUGCAAUGGUUUCAGGGAGUCCAUCGGGUGGCCCAUGCACAUAAGACCACCCAAUGGGCAUGUUUGAUCAGGGGCCAGGUCAGGCACCCUGGCCCUUUAACAGGGUGAUGGAGAGGGGGGGCACCUGAGUUUUGUCAUGCCUAGGGCAGCACAGAACCAGGAUACACCACUGAUUGUACGCCGUACUGGAGACCGUAUCUUCAGAAGGAUAUUGAUACUUUAGAAAGAGUUCAGAGAAGGGCUGCUAAACUGGUUCAUGGAUUGCAGGAUAAAACUUAUCAGGAAAGGUUAAAGGAACUGAACAUGUAUAGCUUGGAGGAAAGACGAGACAGGGGGAGAUAUGAUAGAAACAUUUAAAUACAUAAAGGGAAUCAACACAGUAAAGGAGGAGACUAUAUUUAAAAGAAGAAAAACUACCACAACAAGAGGACAUAGUCUUAAUGGUCUUAAAUUAAAAAGCAAAGUUUUAAAAAUAAUAACAGGAAGUAUAACUUUACUGAGAUGCUAGUGGAUGCAUGGAAUAGCCUGAAGCUGUAGACACAGUGAGGGAAUUUAAACAUGUGUGGGAUAGGCAUAAUGCUACCAUAGAAAUACAAUAAGACCAGGAAUUAAUGAAAGUAUUUAGAAAAUUGGGCAGGUUAGAUGGGCCAAAUCGUUCCUAUCAGCUGUCACAUUCUAUGUUUCUAUGUUUCAAGGGUAUAUGUCUAUAUGUGUGUUAGUGUGUGUUUAUGUUUGUAUGUGUAUCAGUGUUUGUAUCUGUAUGUGUGUCUGUGUGUGUUUCUGUGUGUCUGUGUAUCCACGAGUAUCAGUGUAUAGGUAUAUGUGUAUAUAUCUCAGCAUUCAGCCUAAAGUGAGAAGUGACCAAUAAAGGGGAAGAGAAAGAGCAGUAAAAAAAAUCUGCAUUCCUAUAUUAUAUAUUUAAUAACUGGAUAUAAUCUAUAAAUAUAAAUGUUUUACUGCUCCUACAUUUCUCUCUAUUGGUUACUUUUUCUGACAAAAUGGUGAUAAAAUGCUCCUAUCUGUGUACUGAAAAUAUGUACAUAAUAUGCGACAAACAUAUUUUGCAGUACAAUGAUCAGCCCAUUCUAGUGCCCUUUUAUAUCUGUCCAAAUGUUUCCCCAAAUAGAUGUCUGGCCAAGUCGAGCUGCCAGAUGAAUGAGCAUCGGACAUCCUGACCAAAAAUUUAAUAUCAGGAAAGACUAUUUGGCCGAUUCGAACAAUCUCAACAUCCGUACCUUGAAUUUUAAAUUCAUGUUGAAUUCAUUCAGAAUUAUUUCAGUCCCUGACGGUAAAAAAAUCCAGUAAACAUAUUUACUUAUUUCCUUAUAUAAUAUAUAUUCUAAUACACAUGCAUAGUAAGUCAUGUAAUGUUUAUACUAUUAUACAAAGAAUGUGAAUGGUGAGAGCACACUAUAUAACUUUACCCUUAUUGUACAUAAAAUCCCAUGGGAAUUUUUUUCCAACACCAGUACUUCUCGGUGCUUCUCUGUCAAUUGUCCAAUCCAAAACUCCUCACGCAUGCAACAAAGCUUCUCUUUGUUGAACAAAAGACACCAGCACAUGGAUGGAAUUGUUGCAUAUGAAUGAUCAAUGAAUGAUAGGUAUGGGUCAAGUAAACCUCAGAACCAAGAAUAGACAUUGAAAAAGUUUGAUCAUUCAUAUGCAACAAUUCCAUCCAUGUGCUGGUGUCUUUUGUUCAACAAAGAGAAGCUUUGUUGCAUGCGUGAGGAGUUUUGGAUUGGACAAUUGACAGAGAAGCACCGAGAAGUACUGGUGUUGGAAAAAAAUUCCCAUGGGAUUUUAUGUACAAUAAGGGUAAAGUUAUAUAGUGUGCUCUCACCAUUCACAUUCUUUGUAUAUUGGUUUCUUUGUUUUAUGUGAUAAGUGACACACAUUGGUGAUUGGAGCACCUAAGUCCUGGACUUAUUAACCUUAUUUUUUUAUAUUUUACUGAAUGUUUAUACUAUAGUCAUCAUUUUUUUAGAGCCUGAACAUUAUUUAUGUAUAAAAUAUUUUACCAGGAAGGAUACAUCGAGAUACAUUGUUUUCAAGUAUGCCCCUGGUCCACAAAACAUUGCUACAUUGAUACAAUUGAUACAAUAGGGUACAAUAAAAUACAAAAAUAAUAUUAAUACACAAUAUAUACAAAAUUUAACAUAGAACAGGUAGGAAAUAUAUAAUCAACCAUGACAGGUGCAUUCUGUUUCGAGAUAUGUGGAGUGGGAUCUCUUAAAGGACUUUAGGCUUGGGGAAGAUUUGAAAGUGUGCGGGAGGUCGUUCCAUAAUUGCGGUGCUCUGUAGGAAAAGGAGGAUCGAGCUGCUUUCUUUUUGUAUUGAGGUAGACUAAAUAAAGUCAAGUGUGACUUCCUGGUGAGACUGACAGCCAGACUCUGCUUGUGUGUGUAAUGGUUGUGAGUGAGUCUUUUCAGUAGGAAGAGCAUCUAAUCAAAGAUGCAGCCAUACUCUGCGUUGUGGUCAAUGGCUGCAGUUUGGAAAGGAGUUCACCAUAUAGUUCACAGUUCACCUGUGCCACCAUACACAUUCUUCUAAUCAGGAACACUGUACAUGACUGUACAUGAGUGUGUGAAUGAAGGCCAUUUAUGAUGGCCAUUUACAGUAAAUAAAGAUCCUGGUCUGGCAAUAGCUCGUAAAUAGUACAAAUAAUGAUUUGCUCAUAUAUAUUUUCAGCUGAAAGACAUUAAAAAAGGUUUUGUUUUACCUCUGAUGGCAUUCCUAGAACAUCAUGUAUUAAUGUUUCAGGAUAUCGAUUAAUAGUAUGCGUUUUCUGUGGUUUAUCAAUUCAUUUUUGGUGUUCAACUCAAUAAGUAAAAAUUGGUUCUCUGAAUGUGUUGAGAACUCUUCCCCAGAAAGAUUGUGAUCACUUAAGCAUGACUAUUUAACGUAAGUUAUAGAGUCCCUUUUUUACACGACAAAUAAUUCUAUAAGUGUUGUCAGAAAUAUCAGAAUGGUGAGAUCAUGAGAUAGUGAUCGCAUUGGCAUCAUUAAUUCCUCAAUGGCAGACAUUUAUGUUUCAAUAAUUACCAAACAAUAGAUUGCAAUUUACCUUUUUAUAUUUUAAUCAAUAAACAUAAUUGCAGGGAUUUGCAUUUUAACAAAUACAUUGAAGGGUAACAUUCUUUUCUUCUAAUACAUUUUUAAAUUAUAUAUUCAUUUAAAGUUCUCUUACAAUGGUUCAGCAAUCACAAAGUUCAAUGAAAAUGAAACUACCAAAUUUCUAAUGAGAAAGUCAGGUGACAUUUCAUUCUAAAAUAUAAUAUUCAUGGUGGAUUUGAUUGUUAAUUGAAUCAAACUGUCAUAUAAUUAUCCCUAAAUUACAAUUUCUGUCUCUUUAACUAUAUGUGUUAUUUCCCACAAAUAUAUCUUUGAAUAUGAUUCUCUUCAAUGAUUGUCCUUCUCUGCUUGUUGUACUUUUCCCAUUUCCUCUCUUGUGAACCUCAAUCCUAUGUGCACCAUUCCCUUGUGCCCUUGUAUCCAUUUUCUCUUUUCUAAGACAUAUUCAUAAUUUGUUUCCUCCUGUGACUUUGUCAAGCUUAAUUUUGAAUGUGUGCCCUUACCUUGCACUUGCGUAUACCUGGUGACCAUUUGUGUACUAUUUAUUGCCACCCUCUGUCUACAUUGUGAUUCCUUGUGUGAUAUUACUGUCCCAUUUCUUUUCAUCAUUUAACAGGAUUUGUACCCCCUCUUUUUAUCUCGUAGACAUAUUUUUGCAUCCUUUUUGGUUUAACACCCAUUUGACCAUUGUUCUUGCAUGAUUAUUCUGUGUGUGGACCUGUUUGGUUCACAUGACUUUGACUUUUACAAUCUUUUACAUUCAUCUUUCAUUUGUAACAUUUCUAGCAUAGAGUGUGUCAAAUAAUCACUUGUUGGUAACUUAAACAAGUAGAUACUGUGGAUCUUUUCAGUGUCCAAUCCUACGUCGAAGAUAUUUGGUGGCCUUUACAUGACCUCAGUAAGAAACAACAGAUUAAAUACUGCAGGUACACUUCCUUUUGCAAAACGAAUGCACAUUGGAUUUUGAUAAGUUCUCAUAAAAAAUAUUCCUCGGUAACAAGUAAAAAAAAAUGUAUUCUUUAUUUGGUGUUUAAAGAAAAAGUUGCACAUAAAUCGAACAUUAUGAAAAAAGUAAAUAUAUCAGAAAUGUAUAAUGUUGUGAUAUGUGACAUAUGUGGUAUCUCUUAUAAUUUGCCCAUAAUAUGACUGUCACUAACAAUAUUGUCCUAUCUGCCUCAGUGAAUAUAGUGAAACCUUUAUUUGUGUGAUUUCCUUCUUGGUGGAGAAUAUUAUUUUGGAUCAUUUAGAACAUUCCAUAUUUUACUGCUCUUAUUAUAAAACCAGUCAUUCUGCCCUUCCUACCAGGAGUUAAACCAUCCCCCAGCAUUUCAGAUCUGUGGAACGGCGGAGUAAGCCAGAUUUAGAAAUCAUUUGGAACAUUUCAAGACUUCAGAUGGAAAGCAUUGCAGACUUAAUUUAAUAAGGGUAGUGAAUGAACAAAGAGGACAUUUACUUAUUUCAGUAUCAGCAGUUUAUCAUUCCCAAAUUACCCUAUAUCAAAUAAGGUAGUAUGCAAGAGGUUUCACCACCAUCAAUCCUGGAGAGCCUUCUCCACUGCAGCCCUGAGAGUAGACCACUGCUACCUAACAUGGAACCCAAUUAAAUGAAUUUGUUAUGGUGCCAGGAGGUCCCUGGCACUGUCUUACCUUUGGGGAUUGACCCAUUCAUAAACGGCUUAAGCCCAAAGUCCUAUUUAGUGCCAGAUCACUCUGCCCGCUCCAAUAUCUUUCUGCUGGAAAACUUCAAAAUGGAAGCCAAAGACAACCACGGGCAAAGGCCCAAUUGAUUGGUUUAGAGCGGUCUGCUGACUCUCUCAGCCAAACAGUAGAUCCGUGUUCACAAAAUAACUUGAGAAACGUGUUUAAUAUAUUUUUUCAAAUCUAUCUAAACACAAAAUGUCUUUCUUUUGUACAGUUAUGUACAGUUAUGUCCCGCCUGUUUCAGAUAUAUCUUAUGAUAAUUUUAUUUUGUAAUGAAGAGAUUGACGGUAAGAGCAACUGUCAUUAACAGAUAAUUACAGAUAAUUACAGUAAAUCCAGCUAACAUGUUUACAAUGGCAAUUGUUUAAAAAUAAGAAUAACAAAAUAUCCACUAAACACAAAGAAAUCUACAGUCACAGUCAGAAAUAAACAGAAGCUCUCAUUUACAGUCAGUAAAACAGGAAAUGGAAUCUCAUAGUCUCGCUGGUUUGAAAUAUGAUUAUGAUUGCAGUUGAAAAUAAAGUAAUUUCAGUGACAGGUGGAAACAUCUUACAUCUGGACCAAAUAGUGCUUUUUAUAAUAGUGAUUUUUUAACCAGUUUUUUUUUUCUUUUCAUUACAUGGGAUGUUACAAUACAAGCUGCUAGGUCCUGUCAUUUCAAAGCUUCCCAAGAACGCCUGUUUGUCAAACUUUCCACACCUACACAAUUCAUUAAAUCUUUUUUGAAGAUUUUAAUCUUUGCUCUCAACGCUGCACUUGUGAAUACUAAGAAUUGAAAUGAAAGAUAAAUAAUGUGUACUUUUAUUUAAUAAUACACAAGUGGGGUUAUUUUAUGCAUAAACUGUUGUCUUUUGUUUUGGAACCUGGAUGAAUAUUCUAUGUUUGUAAUUUUUUUAUUGAAAAAAAUAACUAUAGUGUUGAAUACUAACCAAUACUUUAACUACAUUCUUUAUCAUUAAAGGAUCACUAUAGUGCCAGGAAAACAAACUUGUUUUCCUGGCACUAUAGUGCCCUGAGGGUGCCCCCACCCUCAGGGUCCCACUCCCGCCGGGCUGGAUGGAGAGGAAGGGGUUAAACACUUUUCCAGCUCAGGGCUCCUUCGGCGCUGGGGACUCUCCUCCUCAUUUUCCAGUCAUCGACUGAAUGCGCAUGCGCGGCAAGAGCCGCACACGCAUCCAGCCAGUCUCAUAGGAAAGCAUUCUCAAUGCUUUCUUAUGGACGCUGGCGUCUUCUCACUGUGAAAAUCACAGUGAGAAGUGCGGAAGUGCCUUUAGCGGCUGUCAAUGAGACAGCCACUAGAGGCUGGAUUAACCCUAAAGUAAACAUAUCAGUUUCUUUGAAACUGCUAUGUUCACAGCAGAAAGGGUUAUUCCUAGGUGGACCUGGCACCCAGACCACUUCAUUAAGCUGAAGUGGUCUGGGUGCCUAUAGUGGUCCUUUAAACUUGGACUUCAGUUGACAUUUUGUCUAGUUCUUUCGACCUACCAGCUGUGGUGAAAUAACUACAGACAAUUUUCAAGAUUCCCCUCUUUUGGUUUAAAUUGUGCAAGUCAAUUGUCAAUCUACUACACACUGCUGCUUAUUAAAUAGACCUCUUAGAACCAGAGAGAAGAGCUGACACUGCGGUCCAUUAGGGCAUAGAUCACACUCACCGUGAGCUAUUUUCUAUUUAUAAUAGAUCAGUAAAUAUCUAACAGUUCACUACAGAAAGAGCCAGGGAACUAACAGCAAGUGCAGGAACUUCCAUAUAUGAAAAGAUUUUUAAUAUGUAGAAAAAAAAAAUUGUAGACCAGAGGUUGGCAACCUUGGCACACCAGUAGUUGUGGACUGCAUCUCCCAUAAACUCUUACAGCAAUAAAGCAUCAAUGGAGAUAUAGUCCACAACAUCUGGAGUACCAAAGAUUGCCUCCCAUGAUUUAGGCACAGGACCACUACAGUUUAAUAUAGUGGUUCUGGGGCAAAGAGCCUGUCCCAGCACUGUUACCUAACACCACCUCUAGUGGCAGUCACCCAGACAGGUCUUCCUGGAGGUAAUUCAUCUCUGAUGAGAUGCUGACUGGUGCAUUGCUGCAAUUGCCACAUAUGCCUAAAAAAUCCUUCCUUAUGGGCUGAGAUGAUAAGCAUUGACGCAUGCUUGUAUCUUUAACAUUACAGUGCUCCUUUAAGUUUAUUGUUUUGCAUAUAUAUUUUGCAUUCUAUAUUCCGUAUCUGUAUUAUCUAUAUACUGUAUGAAGAAAAGGAAGGAUAUCCCUUUAAGUCUUGGUCAGGAACCUACAUGCUUUUCCUUUGAAGCUUUGCCAAUAGAUAAUCUUCAUUUAAAUGGAAGAUCCAGCCCGCAUAUUACUCACAAUAAGAAAGGGGAAGGAUGGCUGGGUGCCGUUAUUCUGAAGAAAACAGAGAACAUUUUAUUUAUAAAACUAAAGAGAUUUGAACAGGGAGAGCAGUCUAUCGUGAAUAAAAAACCAUAACCGAUCAAAUAUUAAUUUGUAUUGGAACUCCCAGAAUGUUUCUCUGAAGUUGAUCUUUACUGAUAUUAUAGUAGCAUUUCUUGUAUUUAUGUCUCCCUCUAAAUGGACACUCCACGGUCCAAAUAAUAAAAAAAUGUUUUUUUUAAAAUCACUGUUUUGUAGAUAUUCCCCAAUAAAAACAUUUGAAAAUGCAUUUUUCCAUUGGGGGUUUAUUGAAACACAGCUUGCAAAAGCAUCAGGUCUCUUGCCUGCUUCCUUUGCAAGCCCUCCCCUUCUAACCCCACCCAGACUUUCUAUGGUUGUCCAAUCACAGACUUCCCAGUGCAGCUCAAUGAGAAGUCUUUGCAAGGCAGGUGCUCUGGGCAAUUAGUCACUCUACAGUUUAUCUACACUGAGCUAAGGAAACCAGGAAGAAACAGGACCAGUUGUGUAAUUAACAGCCAAGGGGGUGUAAAUGCAAAUUCUGUUUACAUUUACAUUUUUUAUCUCCUGCCUUUGUUAAUAAUCUAGAUCCUGCCUCUUAAAGUUCAAUUUACAGAGCAGAAGAUAAACAUUUUCUAAAGUAAGUUAACAUCUGAUUGAAGAUGAAACCAUUUUUCAUGCAGGCUGUGUGACUCACAGUCAAGGUAGGCAUGACUAGAGCUAGAUUGGACAGAAACAAAAAAUGAUUAACUCCUAGAUAACAGAGAACUGACAAGUGAGACUGCAAGGGCAUGAUUUAUACACUAAAACUGCUUCAUUAAGCUAAAGUUGUUUUAGUGACUUUAGUGCCCCUUUAACUCUGGUAAUGUAAUAGAGGUUCUCUCAUUGACAACUAUAGGGAUAUCAAUUUAAAAGCUUACCUCUUAUAAUAGAAUAUUCAGCUAUUCAAAACAUGCAAAACAAGAGAACAAGGCAGACCAUCUUAACAUUUUAUUUAUUUACAAAUUCUCCAGCUUAUUUACUAUUAUCCCUGUGCUUCUUGCUUCUCAAAUUAUGGUCACAUUGCAUAUAUGCAGUGGCAUACUAAGUGGGGGUGGGGGUCAGGUUGCCCCAAGUAUCUAUGAUUAGAGGAGUGCAAAUUGCCAGCAUACCUUCAGGUGUCGCAAAGUGGAAUCGCAGGGUGACCGGCAGAAGGGAAAGUGCUCCCCUUCUUCUGAUCACAGCAUGUAGCAUGGCCAAGCAGGCAGAGAAAGGUAGAUAAGCUCCUGUUCCUUGGCCUGGUCUGACAGGAAAUGCACUCAGAGAGUACAGACUGGCCACACUACACAGGUGGUAUAGGGGUUGGGGAAGGAAAAAUGAGACACAUGGAGAGGCUGUGGAGGGGAGGCAUAGGACACAUAGAGAGCCUGGGGAGGGGGAGAAUAGGAUACAUGGAGAGGCUGGGGGGAGGGGGGAAAUGGGACACAUGGAGAGGCUGUGGAGGGGAGGCAUAGGACACAUAGAGAGCCUGGGGAGGGGGAGAAUAGGAUACAUGGAGAGGCUGGGGGGGAAAUGGGACACAUGGAGAGGCUGUGGAGGGGAGGCAUAGGACACAAAGAGAGCCUGGGGAGGGGAGGAAUGGCAUACUAAGGGGGGGAAUGGGAUACAUGGAGAGGCUGGGAGGGGGGAAUAGGACACAUGGAGAGGCUGAGGAGGAUGGGACACAUGGAAAGACUGGGGAGGGGGCUAAUGAGAAACAUGGUGAGGCUGGGGAGGGAGACACCCAUGACCCAUUAGACUCUGUAUUAGUCUCUAAUGGAACUCUUUCCAAUGCACAGUUUACAUAUUUGUCCAAUAAAUAUUGCUGAAAACAUUGCAGGUGUUUUUUUACAUUUUAAAGAUGGGGGGGAGCAGGAGGGUGCCAAAUACAGGGUCCACUCCGGGUGCCAAAUUCUCUGCAUUUAUGUUACUGCCUUGAUUAUCUCUAUGUUGUUUGGCUGAAUGCAACACAAUCAGGGUCAUAUUUACUUAUUUGACCCACAUAGGCAACAAUAUCAACCCCUCCGCCACAAACAAACUGCUAAACGAAAAGAAGUUAAUAGAACUGAAGAGAAAAUGUUGUAAAUAAUGUAUAAACCAUGCACAAAAUGUUUCACAUUCAUCAUAAAAAAACUGAAUUUAAUAUAAUUUACUGCAUAAACAGCUCAAAUCUUUAAACCGAUUUAUGUCUAAAGAUGAAAUAAUGCCAAAUUUAGCAAUUUUAUGAUUUGACAUUUUCUUUUUCUAAAUGUCAACACAUUAUUCGAUUGUACAUGAAGUAGUUGCAGGAGAACCAAUAUUAUAUUCCUAGUGAGAUUUACACCACAAACAGGUGACAAUUUCAGAACAUCUUUUGAAAAAGAAAAUAAAAACUGAGAAUUGAAAGUAACAUGUGAUUGAUUGUAAGCCCAAGAAAAUAAAGCAUAAAACCAUUAAGGAAUAGAAAUAUUAGAAAAAUGAACAUCAAAAAAUAAAUCCGAAAGCCAGUUCAUGACAAUUUGUUCACACUUCUACGAACGAAACCAAAAUGGUUUCAUUACAGCACAGAGUGUGUCGGAAUCAUUGAACACAAGGCUCAACUUUAACGUGAUAUGCCCCCGAGUAUUCAAAUGCAAAUAAAAAAAAACAAAAUACUAAAAAUCUCUAAGUAAAUUCCAGUCGUGCAUCAAAAAUUUAAAAUUACGAUUGACCCUAAAAUUAUGAUUUUAUUUCUCCCUGAAAGAACAUGUAAUUAUUACUAAUAGCCAUAUUAAUUAUUAAACUAUGUAUGCAUAUUUCUACCUAUCUAAAUGUUAAUUACAAAAUUUAACCGGCAAUAUUUCAGUCCUAUAAAUCUCAGACUUUUGUCAAGAUAUUGAAUAAAUAUAUACAUAUGGUUCUUUGUUGUACUCAUUUGCAUAUGCCCACCCAGAGUCCCUUGCAGUAGUAACAGCACUGCUAAUCUGGGAUUUCUCUGGGAAAAGCCAGUCUUGUGGCUUGUUUGGUGUGCGCGGAUCUCUGUUUAACAAUGUAUUUACUAUAAAGAGAAAGAGAUGCUCCGAGUAUUUGCAAGACAAAUGUUGUGUUUAAGAAGAGUUUAAUGAUGCCUCUACUUAGUUAGACAUUGCAGAUAUGGCUUCCACUAAAUCUUAAAUGACACUCCAUUAUUUAAAUACAUAUUUUUUUAAAUCACCUUUUAGUAUAUAUAGUACAAUGAAAACAUGUAGGCAUUUAAUUAUGCAUCUUUUCAUUGGGGGUUUAUCUCAAACAGCUUGCAAAAGCUACCUAUCUCUUGUUUGUAGCAUUUGAAAGCCCUCCCCUUAUAACCCAGCCCAGACUUCAGUGGCUGUCCAAUCACAGACUUCCUAAUGCAGCUUAAUGAAAAGUCUUUGCAAGGCAGGUAUUCUGGGCAAUUGCGCGCCUCUUGAGUUAAGCUCCACUGAACUAACAAAACCAGGAUGACAGGACUGAUUGUGUGAUUGACAGCUGGGGGUGUAACAAUGUUAAUUCAUAUAGAUAAACAUAAUAUAUUAUAAAUAUAAAUAUUUUAUAAAUAGGUGAAAAUAAGAUUAAAUGAGACAGUUUAAUGGGAGUAUGGCAGCCAUCUUAGUAGGGGAAAGUAGAUGUUAUUAGCAGGGGGAGGUAGGGCACGGUGGCCAUAUUUUGAGGGGAAUAUUUCAGUAGCUAUAUACAUGUAGUAUGAAUAUAUUUAUGGCUGCCAUACUCCCAUUAAACUGUCUCAUUUAAUCUUAUUUUCACCUAUUUAUAAAAUAUUUCCCCCCUUUUGUCCCUUACCUACCAGUAAUUAUAUUUAUCUAUGUCUCCCACCCUUAUCUUUUUUUUUAAACUCGGCAAAGCAUUAAGUUUUCGCCGAAAUUGACAAAAACAACCCUUUAAACUAUAUUCCCCAUCAGACCUUGCAGCCGGUAAACAGAGCCGCGCAUGUGACCCAAGUCACGUGCCUCGGCUUUAAACAGCCGAAACUAGCUAUAUAAUGCUCGUUUUUAAUAUGUAAUAUGAUGGCUACAGUCCCCAAACCUCCUGCUAUCAACCCACACCAUUAUUUAUUGAAUUUUUUAUGUACCAAAUUUCGAUGUGUGCUGAUUGGUGGACAGCCUAUGAUGCAAUUUUGGCAUCACUUUUAAACUACCCUCUCCCCUAUAUAAACCCUAUUUGCCAGGUUGUCUGUUAUUGAUCCAUAUGAUAAAGCCUACACAGUGAAACGCGUUAUGGAUAUUACCUUUUAAGACUUUUUAUUUUGAAUAAAGCAUUUUUGGUUUUAUUAUAACCCACUGCCUCCUCAUUUCAAUAAUUAUACAGAUUUCUUUUUUUUUCCUGGCAUUUUAUUUAUUUGUAUUUAUUUUUAAUCUGAAAACCAGCUAUCUAUUCUACUUUCAAGAACAUCCUAGGUGGGGAUCAUACCACUAACGUUGUCAUCACUGAGCAGUGAGUCUGCUCCACGCUUGUGAGUAAUAUUCUUCUUAUUUUAUUUAACUUGUAUUAUAUUACUGAGAGCACUAUCUGUGGCUAUCUCUCUGUCUCUGAGCACCUAGAUAACCAUCUGCUGUGAAAGACUACGACCAUCAUAUCCCAUAAGUGGGGAUUAUACCACUGUAUGCAAUAUUCACUAGAGCUGGUCAUAGCUCUUGUUCAUGUGAGUGCAAUAUUUUUAUUUCUUAAGUGUUGUCCGUCUAGCCCAGACAUAUUGCACUAUCAGGUAGCUCUGUCUUUUCUUUUUCCACAUACGGAGACUGAGAAGACCCAGACCCUUCACAUCCCUCAAGUAUAAAGAACAAAGAAACCAAAGCUGGCCUUACUUAUUUAAUUUAUUUAAUUUAUUUUACCUAGAGACUAUUCUAAUUUUGUAUAUCGUAUUUCGUAUUUUACUGGGACAAUAUUUUAGUACUUCUUUCUCAAUUUGUUUUAUAUUUUAUUCAUAUUAAAUUAUGUUUCAUAUAUCAGUAUUUUAUAUGACAUAAAGCCCUGUUUCUCCUGAACAAAAUGAUAUAUAAUGUGUGGGUGCCCAUAAUAUAAAAGAGGUGAAUUCUGGUUGAACAGACAUAUAGCGUAAAUUCAAGGUUUUGUUUACGUUUUGUUUUGAUCACAACUUGUACAACUGCCGCAGUCCUUAACGGGUUAAGGAGAGGUCUACUAGAUAGAUAGAAAGAUCAUUUGUCCUGCUGGGGUACACCUACCAGCUCUGAUCUUAACUUGGAGGAUGUCAAUAUACAGACAUCCUUUGGAAUGCAUCUUUUAAUCCGUCAAUAUUAUUCACAUGAAGGCGCUUCAUGAUUGGUCUAACAGCAAACAAAUGAACCAAUGAGAGGUAUCUAUCUAUGCUUCUUCUGCACUUCCAAUCACAUACAUUGUCCUCAUCAGCAUCAUGACUGGAAAUAACGAGAUCAUCAUCAGACCAAUAGAAGCUGUAGCCAUUAGUUGUCUAGCGCCAUCUCUUGGUGAACUUUAUGUAUGUGCAUUAUGAUGAAUGUGUCAUGUGAAUGAUAGAAAAUUAAUACAUGGAAUGCAUAUUAUUAUUAACUUAUAUGUAGUAAUAGGUAACAAUAGACAGGAAUAUUAUUGUCAGAUUUACUUAAUUUAUGGUUCUUUUUUUUCUUUCUUUUUUUUUUUUUUUUUAAGAACAUCACACGGUCCAAUAUUUCAUGAAUGAUAUUGCAAAUAGCAAUUAUAAUAAAUUAAAGAUGAUUCUAGUCAAUAAUGCUCCUUGGUAACAUACAAAAAUACAAAACCAAUAUUUUCUUAGUAAUGGAAAUAAAAAUCCACUUGAAAGGUAUAUUUUUAUUACACUCUACGAGUGUGUUUUUAAAAUUUGAAAGCCCUCGAAAUAUAUUAACAACCCUAUCCAAAUUUCUAUGUGUAGAUAUUUUAUUUUACAGUAUCUAUCUAUUGUUAAUACCCCAUAAGGAGUGUCAGUACUGCAGGCAGUAAUAAUUAUUUAUUAGAAUUGGAAGAGACGUUUUGAUUGACACAUUUGUUAAAAACUGGCCAACUGUAACUUUUACAACAAACUUAACAUUUAUCAUUAACGUUUUGUAGUUGUUGAGUUAUUUGUGCAAAACAAUUAGGAACACAAAUGCAGGUACAGGCCAGCUUUGUUUCAAAUCUUGGCCAUACUUUUGCCAUUCCUGUUUAGCCAAGAGAUGGCAGUGUAAUCUUAUAUAUGUUAGUGCAGUUUGUGACCCUGUUACAUUUGUACAUAUCUUCAACAGCCAGUUCUGCAGUCAUGCACAAGAGGAACAUUUUCUAAGAUUUAAAAUGCUUGCUGGUUUACCUGUGGUGCCCCUUACAAUUGAUAUAAAUUGCUGCAUUUGUUUUAGUGUCAAACUACAAUAUGUAGAUACGUUCUUUGGAAAUAUGAUAAAAUACCAAAAAGUGUACAUUUUCAGUCAUUUAGUCAGCAUAUGAAUGCAAAUGCAGCAUUACUAGAAUUUUUGCAUUACCAAAUUUCGGUCUGCGCUAUUUGGUUAUACAGCCAUUGUAGCAAGCAACCUACUAGCUGGCUCCUCAUUGUUUAGCAGACAUGCUCACAAUUGUGGCAUGAUGAGUGUGGGCUUGGGGGAGGUUUAAAAACUGUAAUAAUUAAACAAAGGGGGAACCUAAUAAUAGGAUAUCACAAUUUUUAGCCCCCACCCACUGUUUUCAGUUGGGAUUUUAAUCCUCCAUUAUAACAAUAUGGGGCCCCACUGAUCCAAUAGACUUUUCUUACAUAAAUGUAGUUGCUGGCUAGCAACCACAUUGUUAACACUCACACUGCAGAGGUCUAAUCUAACUAUUUUUUUCCACUGGCUGCUAACACUGCCAGCAGGCUUUAGAGAGUAAGAGUCAGUUGAAAUUAGGUCCCAAUUAACAUUUUCACCAAAUUUAAGCUGAACCAAGUGGACAUGUGACCGAAUUGGAACGAAACCAAUGAGAAUUUUGUCUGUGCAUAUGUCUGAUAUUUAUAUCACAGUGUUAUCUCAUACUUCUGGAUUAAUAAUGAUAGAUUGUAUCUGAAAAUAAACAAAAACAAACUAAAAAUUCAAUAGCUUAACUGACAACUGAGUAGAAUUAUAUCGCUGUGUUAAAAUGUUCAUCCAUGUGUUGCCUGUUUUAGUUUUAGAUUUAACAGGAGGUUCCUAAAAUGUUGACAAGAGCUAUUUCUCAUUAUUUUAAAUGUUGUAAAUGGUGUGCAUGCUGUUUUAUAUGUGAGUUACAUGUACCACAUUCUUUAGCAAAUGUAUCGAAUUAAGAGAUCUUUGACAAUUCUAGAGCAAAAGGCAAUGACACGUAAUAUAGAUUCAAUCCAUUGUACAAGGGCAGAGUACAGAAUAUUUGAUAGAGUCCUAACCUCUACAUCUGAGGAAAGGGAUUUAGGGGUGAUUAUUGCUGAUGACUUAAAGGUAGGCAGACAAUGUAAUAGAGCAGCAGGAAAUGCUAGCAGAAUGCUUGGUUGUAUAGGGAGAGGUAUUAGCAGUAGAAAGAGGGAAGUGCUCAUGCCAUUGUACAGAACACUGGUGAGACCUCACUUGGAGUAUUGUACACAGUACUGGAGACCGUAUCUUCAGAAGGAUAUUGAUACCUUAGAGAGGGUUCAGAGAAGGGCUACUAAACUGGUUCAUGGAUUGCGGGAUAACAUUUACCAGGAAAGUUAAAGGAUCUUAACAUGUAUAGCUUGGAGGAAAGACGAGACAGGGGGGAUAUGAUAGAAACAUUUAAAUAUAUAAAGGGAAUAAAGACAGUAAAGGAGGAGACUAUAUUUAAAAGAAGAAAACUACCCCAACAAGAGGACAUAGUCUUAAAUUAGAGGGACAAAGGUUUAAAAAUAAUAUCAGGAAGUAUUACUUUACUGAGAGGGUAGUGGAUGCAUGGAAUAGCCUUCCAGCUGAAGUGGUAGAGGUUAACACAGUAAAGGAGUUUAAGCAUAUAGGCAUAAGGCUAUCCUAACUAUAAGAUAAGGCCAGGGACUAAUGAAAGUAUUUAGAAAAUUGGGCAGACUAGAUGGGCCGAAUGGUUCUUAUCUGCUGUCACAUUCUAUGUUUCUAUGUUUCUGCUGUCUUCUUUUAUCGUUGAGUUAGAGGGAUUUGGAUUAUAUUUAUCAAAGGAAAUAAUCUAGCAAAACUAAUACAUUUAUAGAUUUAGUGAUUAUCCUUGAGCACCUUAUUAAAACAAAAUACAUUCAAUGCAGUAUUUUAGUUCAUUUUAAAUGUAUUAUUAGGAACACAUCAAUGCAUUUUACGUUGAAGAAUAGAAUAAUAUGGUAUAAUUAAACGCUAUAAUUGGUGUUUCCUUUAGUCAUUGAAUUUCCUGAUAAUUCUAUUAUCUGGUGUUCUAUUAUUUGGCAUUCGAUCAUUUCACAAACUGUCAUUAGUUAUAACGAGCUCUAUAGGCUGUGAAUGGAUUAAUUGCAUUGUAUUUCCUCUUAAAAUAAGAGAUGCAAAACAGUGUUUGAUCAGGGUGUCCAAAGUCUCUUUCUGAAAGGAAAUCUUGGAUACCUCAUUUAUCCAACCUAGCAGUAAUAUUAUUCCAUUUACAAUGUACAAUCAGUCCAUUUUGAUUGGUGCUCUUUCAUUAAAGGGAAACUAUAGUGCCAGGAAAAUAAAAGUUAUUUUCCUGGCGCUAUAGCUCCGUAUAUAGUGCCCCCAUCCAUCGUACUUGCUUCUGUCACUUACCUGAUUCCAGCACCAAUGUCCUUCAGUUCUGGUUCAAGCACCGCCUCUGCUCCUCCCCCACCAAUGUCAUCAAGCAGGGGAGACCUAAUGGCAGUGCUCACAUUAGUUCUUCCCCCAUAGGAAAGCAGUGCACAAUGCUUUCCUAUGGUGUGUUGCAUGACGCUGGAUGUCCUCAUUCUUAGCAUGAGGACCAAAAGUCGCCUAACCACCUGGAAGUCUUUCUAGUGGAUUUCUGGUAGACAGCCACUAGAGGUGAGGUUAACACUUUAAUCAUUGGAGUUUAUUAAAAACUGCAAUAUUUACCUUUGCGGGGUUAAGGGACUUGGGACACUGCACCCAGACCACUUCAAUUAGCUGAAGUGGUCUGAGUGCCUAUAUCUUUCAGAGCUAAUAGACAAUGCUUAGAGGAUGAGAAACCAAAAUACCUUUAUCUUCAGUUUUCACUAUGGAAUAAAAAAGCUUAGAUGGUUAUUCACUAAACACCAAACAAUAUUAAACUGAAAUCCAUAUUGAAAUAUUUUGGCAGAUAUAGCUAAGCUGAACAAUAGCUAUGUUGGGGAAUUAUAGUUUUAAAUCUUGUAUUGUUAUCUAAAUGUUGCAGUUUGAUUUGCAAUGCGCCAGUGAGGACCUCCGUCCGUCCAGAACCUGAUAAUUGCAGGUGUUAAACGUAGUUUCCUAGUUCUGCUGAUCACAAAUAGGCCAUGUGUUUGAUAAAAGUCAUUGAAAAAGUCUAGUUGUUCAGUGGCCCGAGAAAGUAUUAAUAAUUAUCAUGCAAAGUAAAUAGAAUGAAGUUUCCGCAUUAAACUCUUAUGACACGGCAAUUUAACAUCAACCAUGCACGCUUACCAUUUCAAAGACUGAAGAUAAGGACUGUAAAUAUUUGUAUAAUUAUUGUUGACCAAAGCUCACAUAGAAAUACCUGUCACCUGUGGUUCUUCUAAAGAAGUGGUAGGUGUCAGGAAACUGGCCAACUAUUAAACUACUGCUUCCGUCGCACUUAGCCGGAUUUUGGACCAUCCAUUGACUUGUUGGGGAUUUUGAGCUGUGUUUAAUAUAUGGAAGAAUAACUGCUGAUGCAUAUGAUUAUAAGACCUUUUUAGAAACCUUUGUUACACUAUUUUUAAAUGCAUUAUAUCACUGCUUGUUAGUAGUGCCUUCAGUAGACUGUGCUGCCUUAUGAAGUUAGCCAAUCACAGUGCAUUCCUGGGCAAGUCUCUUUGCCAUGAGGAUCGCAUGCAUUCAACUCUCCUGCUGCUUCUCUGAGUUUCUCUGGGUCUACUUAGAGAGGGAAUAUCAUUAUGACUAGAGGAAUUGGGAACCCUUUAGCUCUACAUGUACUAAGACUAGCGAUGGUGGAAAGAGCUAUUAACCUCCGCAGUUAAUAAUGGAGCAUGUUAAUGUUACUUUAAGAACUACAGAAGAGCUUUGCAUUAUGGCACAUUUGCAUGCAUGCUCUAUCAGGUUAGGCUACCUAGCUUGACAGCAGUUAUACAUCAAGUGGUACCCUAUGCCUAAUACAACUGGGGGUAGUAUUACCACCAAAUAAGCUGACAUUUAUAUGCCUUUAAAGCCAACCUCUAAGAAAUAUGGACAUAUGUAGCAGUUUCUAUUUCUAUAUUAUCAGAAAACACAAUGAGAAAGAGUGAAAUUAUCAAAAAAAACACAAAACAAAACAAAAAUGCCAAGACUGGCAAUGUCAAAGCUUAAGCACUGAAAUCCUAAAAUAUGAUGUGUCCUUUAGAAUGUUAGAAGACAUCUGUAAAAAUGUGUCUUAUUCAAAUCCCUUUAACGUAAAUAAAAAUGUUUAUCAGAAGACAGUGCAAAAAAAUUGUACAAUGUAAUCCACAAAUUAUGGGGUGAUGUGAAUUCCAAGGUGGGUUUGAAGAUUUAAAAAUAAUUUGCCAACACUUUCUGAUAGCAUUCACAAUUUCAGUUCAAACGCUGGUGGAAUGGUGCCAAGAGGUAAAAAAUUUAUUUUUAUAAUAGGCUCGGUUUGCAAAGAAAAAACAAUACUUGGGUUUAUGAUGGGAACGCUGCAUUUCAAAGUUCAGUUCAAUUGCUUAUUUACAGUAGUUGGACCUUUAAACUUUAAAUGUACGAUCAAGUAUUUGUUUAAGCAAAUCAUUUGUGAAGAACACAUGGCCACACUUAUAAGCAUCGGAUGUAGGAACGCCUUGCAAACAGUGUUAUUUAACUUGUGAUAGAAUUUAUUGUAACCUAUUACUUCAGUACUAAUUGGGUUCAAAGUUACCAUAUUAUAGCACUACCAUCGUUUCUUUCUAAAGGGACACUGAAUGUAACAUGGCCACAUAUUAUUGUGCAAGAACCUACCUGUCCUUCUUCAUUAUAUUUGCAGGUGCAGAAACUUGCACAAGCACCCUCAUUUCAAUUGCUGAAAUCUAAUAGCAGCUAAACCUGUGCUUUUAGUUUCACAAAUGAAUUGAAUGAAUUGGGAUUAAUCCAACUGUUGGGCAAUCAGCAGAUUGUCUAAAUUCCCUCAAUGUGGAUGUAUCACAAAACAAACAUCAGAGAGGAUGUACAAAUUGUUGUUUUAUUUCGUUUGUAUUUCAACGUUCUGGCCAUGGCUUUAAAAAAAUCCAAGAUGAUUGAAUGAGAAAAAAAGAUGAUUGACGGUUAGGGGAUCAGACACUAAAUGUUGAUUUUAUUCACAGAUCAAAGAGAGAUGAACAGAGGCAUGGGCAAAAAAUUAAGUUCUGUUCGGCACUUCCGAAAUUCGGCAAUUCUGUACUUCGGUUCGGGACUUCAGCAAUUCGGGAAUUCGAGACUUUGGCACUUUGAUUCAGCACAUCCGAAAUUCAGGACUUCGGCAAUUCGGGACUUUGGCAAUUCGGGAUGUAGGAAAUUCCCUUACCCAAACCCCUAUCCCUAACCCUACCCCUAACUCUAACCCUAACCCCAACCCCAACCCUACCCCCAACCCCACCCCACCAAUAACCCUAUCCCUAACCCCAACCCUGCCCUAACCCUACCGAUAACCCUAGGCCUAGCCCUAACCCAAGCCCUGCCCCCAACCCUAAGCCUACCCCUACCCCCAACCAUAACCCUCGGUUCGGUUCUGCACUUCCAAAAUUCGGCACUUUCAAAAUUCGGAACUUCAGCAAUUCGGUUCGGUUCGGCACUUCCAAAAUUUGGCACUUUGGAAAUACGGCUAUUCGGACUUUUGUAAAGAUCCGAAUGUCCGAAUUGCUGAAAUUCGUCCGAAUUUACAUUCGGAACUAAACAAAUUGCACGUGUCUACUAUUUAAAUGGAUUUCUCAAUCUGAUUGAGAAACCCACUUUCAACAGGCGAAACACAUCUCAGACAGUCAGGAGCACUUUUGGACAUUGUUUUAUUGGCAUUUGGCUUGUUUAAACUUAUUUUGUUUUUUAGCUUAUUUUAUCUUGUCUAUCUGUUUGUAAUAAUAAUUGGUAUAAGCUUUACAAUACAUCCUGUGGAUUCUUGCAAUUGCCUGCUUCAAUCUAAAGAAGGUUUGUGUCACUUAUUGUUACACUGUUACACUGAGAGCCUAGUAUAACUGGCUCUCAAGAAGGUGAGCAGUCACUUGCACUUUACUUCCUGUACUUGCACAAGUAUUGAUGGCAUUACACUAGAAGCAUUUGCUUCCUUUUUUUAUCUCCCUUUCUGACAUCCUCUGGGCCAGGAAUAGAAGAGGUCUGGUAUCACCUUGGUAUACCCCUGCUAAUGAGAUUUGAGCCUAUCCCAUGUGAGUGCAUUUUAUACCUAACAUAAUUUUGUACUAAUAGGCAUAUUGCACUAUAUUUUGUUUUUCUCUUGCCCUAUUGACCUUAUACAUUCAUCACUCUUCCCUUUUUAUAAGGGCAAGUGUACACUCAUAGUGCUCCACUGGGUUUACUUAUAGUGAAUUUAAAUCACUUGGUUUACUCUGAUUUGUUGCAUGAUUUGUGUUGUGGGGACUUACACUUGUGUAGUAGCUGCUAUUUGUUACGUAUUAGUUUUGUAUCAUUAUAUAAGUGUCUAUAUUGCAUAGUGUACUUUCUUAUUGGUAUUUAUCCGAUUUGCGUGCCUCUGGGCAAUAUCCAAUUGAAAUCCGGUUGCCAUUUGAUGUUUUAUAUACGUGUGAAUCCUAUAUUCAUAUAGGGAUCACAUCUGAAAAUGACUGAUUUUAAGUUCGACACAGAAUGGUACCAACUUAAUGUUGCUCAUUAGGUAUACUUAACCAAAUUCUGAUAGGAUUUUAAUUUAGUAAAUAUGAGAAUUGCAAAUCCAGUUGAAAGCAGGUUGUUUUCUCAUGAUUUUGCCCAAAAUUUGAUGCUUAGUGAUAAACUUUCACAGUGUUUAAAUGUGCAUUGCAGUCAUUAUUGAGUUCUGGAAAAUAACCAAGCACUCUUGUGAAGUUAGUGGCAAGAAAAAAUUACUUUUGAUAGCACCGUAAACACUUCUGUAUUUAAAAACACUGGAACACUGGUAUAUGCCAAGAAAUGCCUUUAAAGAGUAUGUUGCAAUAGCUAUUUGUGUUUGGAUAUUUUUUUUAAUGCACAUAUUUCUAUUUGCUUGGAAUGAAUCACCCUUCUUUUUAGGUAAAUAAAUCUCUGAAUCAGUUAAAUCAAUUGGCCAUCUUCCUAGUUUUUUUAUAUAUGGGAUUGGGAGUAACUGAAUGCAGUGCUAGGUAUGUUGUCGGUUCUAUUAAGGAGAGUUGGAGAGACUGGCAGCCUCAUUCAUGCACCAGACAUCACUGAGUGGGCUUCUUGAUACAAGAUAUAUAUAUAUAUGAAUUGUAAGAUUGGUGAAUUCACCUCAUGUAGAGGGUAGGGAGGCUGGGGCGGAGCGAGAUGAUGUAGCGUGCGUUGCUGCAUCCUCAUGGAAUGCAGCUGAGGGAGCAAUCGAGGGAGCCGAUUAAAGCAGAGGAGACGACCUGACUUACCUGAAGUGUCACUCGGGGUGCAACACAAAAAUUGAGAAAUAGGGGGAUACAGGGAGCUACCUUCUCAACAAAUAGAUCUACAGCCAGCCAGAUACCCCAAUGGAUAAACACAAAGGAGCCUAACAGGAGAAAACAGCAACAGAAAACACAAGCUAAGUGCCAGUUGCUACUAAUCUGUCUGUUUAUUUACACUAUAUGCUUACUAUGCAGGGGUUAGCAGAAACAUUGGGUCUCCUGAAAAUAAGUGGACCUCUAAGAAGAGAUGAAAUAGGGAUAAUAUAGAGAACUGCAUACAGUAGGCAAUACAUGAUUUAAAGAUUAUUUAAAUCAAGUUAAUUUCUGCCAAUAGUGUGAAACAGACUACUAAAAAGGUCUGUAGUGUGCUCGGGGGAAUUGCCCAGAGGCUUCAGGUACUUCUAGAGCUUUUCCUUUUAGUUAUUGUCUGGAUUUUUUUUGUUCUCUGCUGUCACACCGCUUCUCCCCUACUCCUGUUAUUUAGCACAAUUUUCAGAAAAGGGAGGAAGUAAUAAAAAAAUAUAAAUAAAAGAAAAUAAUAAAACUUAAUUGUUUACUAGGAUAGAAAGGGGAAGGUGGGAGUAAAGGCGAGGAGGAGAAGAAGUUGGGCAGCAAGAAAUGCAAGACAAAAAGGAUACUAUUUUAAAAGCAAACAUAGUACUAGCCUAAAGAGCAUAUAACCUCCAGAAAAAAGAGAGUAAAACUAAAAUACAAAUACAUAUUAAAAUAAAAAUGGCAAUAAAAAAAAGACACAAAAUGGCAAGCACUUAAAAAAAGAAAAAAAGUCUGAAAAUAAAACAGUAAAACGCCUUUCCUUCUUUUCACCAAACCUUUCAAGUAAAAAAACAAACCUGGAGGAAUCUCUACUUUCUAAUAUCCCAACAGAGAAAGGCAUCAAUAAAAGACAAGCAGAAGAAAUUCAAGAGUCAAGAAAAGGAAGAAAUGAAUAUGACAACUUACUCAGACACUUAGAUACACAAUUUGUAAAUUUGAGAGAAGAAAUACAAGCUAAUACUCUAGUCAAAAAGAAAGAACUGUUGACUCUCAACCAAUGUUUUCAAGGAAUAGAAAAAAAACUAAACAUGUUGGUACAUAAAGAAAAAGUCCACGAAGAAGUACAUCUGGUGCUGGAAGAAAAGAUGGCUGACAUGGAGAACAAACUGGUAGAUCUAGAGGACCGGUCAAGGCGGAACAACUUAAGAAUUAGAGGAGUGUCAGAACAAAUAAAUCUAAAAAAUCUGGAACCACACAUAGAAGAAUUCUUUAAGCUCCUGAAGGUGGAAUGGGACCCCAUAAUUCCCAUAAUGGAAAGAUGCCACAGAGUGAACAAACACAAGGGCACCCCAGAACAUCUUCCAAGAGAUGUAUUGAUAUGUUCGCCUCUUCUAAAAGUGGCAAAUUCUGAUAGCCAUAAGAAACAAUAAAUGCGCAGAAGAAUACCAAACAUUGAAAAUAUUCCAGGAUCUGUCAUGGCUAACCAGACAAAAAAGGAAGACCAUCUCUGACAGCACACUAAUUCUGAGAAAGAACAAUAUUAAUUAUCGAUGGGGAUUACCAACGAGAAUUAUCAUAUCUCAUGAAGGGAAGACCACCACCAUUAAUUAUGCAGAAGACCUAAAAAGUUGGUUAAGCAAAAAUAAAAUUGGAAACAGUUCCAACCACAAGUCAACAAAGGGGGGGGCCCUAAAUAUUAGAUUACCUGAAACACUCUCCCUUCCUAAUCUUAAAAGAAAAUUUUUAUAAAAUAAACCUUAACUAAGCUAGUGCAUAUUAGUGCUUCCAAGUGUAGUAAGUGAGAAACAAAUAGCACGAUGAGUGGUUCGACGUGUCAGCAGGCCGUCGUCAGGAGCAAUGUCUGUGAGCUGGCCAAGCUGUCUAUUUAUAUGUAUCCUUAAUUAGCAAUAAGCUAUUGAGUGUUGGCUGCUGUGUAAAGGGGUUGUGAGUUCAUCUAUUCUUACCGCCUCAAAGUCAGACUGUGUGAUGUAUGCACCCUUCUUAAUCCUCAUUUCGCCUCGCCUACUGGAGGGCUGUACUGAAUUCUGUGUUUGUCAAUCAAAAACUAUAAGACGUACCUCCCUCCUAUUCCCAUUGGGCGCUGCCCACGUGGGGCAGAUGUAGGAUCGCACGUCUAUCUACACAAACCGUGAGGUAUGACUAUAUUCAUCUAUCUCCCCAAUUGCUGGCUGGCAAAUCUGACUUCUCAUUCCACCGAGAUGUUACACACCCACAAGUCAUACACACACCCACAUGAGAAUCCAUGUGGGUGUGUCAGAUGGCCAACACUCCUCCCCAGUACUCGAGGACCGGCCAGAGUUCUCCAAAUAAGAUCAAAUUAUCCUCCUCUCUGUUAAUAUGUACUGUAUAGACAUAACAGAGGACUAGAGCAUCUCAUAUUCACUCAGAUUUCAGGAGAGAUCAACUAAAAGGGGAACUUACCUCCAUUUUCAACUAUAUAAUGAAAACAGGAAGCUGUCCUGGAGAGCUGUUGAGAGUGAAUAUUGUCCCUAUCCCAAAAGCAGACAAAGAUUUAGAACUGAUUGGCAAUUAUAGACCUAUAUCAUUAAUCCAUACAGAUAUUAAAAUAUUGUCAUCUACCCUUGCUGAUCGAUUAAAAACAGUCAUACCACAAUUAAUUAAUAAUGACCAAGUAGGAUUCAUAUCAGGGAGGUCUUCAAGACCAAGUAGGACUCAUAUCAGGGAGGUCUUCAAUCAACAAUCUUAGAAAAAUAAUAAAUAUAUUAGAAGAAACAGAGAAUAAUGGAACCCCUCUAAUGCUACUGUCAAUAGAUGCAGAGAAAGCGUUUGACAGGGUUGGAUGGGGUUUCAUGUUUGCCACCUUAAAACAAUUUGGAAUAACUGGACCAAUAUUACAAGCUAUAUCUGCACUCUACAACUCUCCAUCAGCUAAAGUAACAGGGUUAGGAUUCACAUCACAAAACUGCAGUGUUAAAAAUGGGACUAGACAAGCGUGCCCUCUUUCCCCUUUACUGUACAUAAUGGUGUUAGAAUCCCUUGUGAUUUUAAUAAGACAAAAUAAAAAAAAUUAAGGAUUUAUGAACUCUUUAGGACAAAGUAAAUGAAAUAUUUAUGCAGAUGACAUCUUACUAACUUUAGAAGAACCAAAAACCUAAUUCCCAGUGCUUCUAAGGAGAUAAAUAAAUACUCCAAAGUCUCAGGAUAUAAAAUAAAUAUAGAGAAAUCAAUAUUUAUAGCAAAAGGUUAAUUAAUUUUCUCGUACAAAACCUCGGGCUCUCAAAAAACAUGGACAGGCUAAAAUAUUUAUGUAUAACAUUAACCACAGAUUUAAAAGACCUAGUAAAAGCCAACUUUUUACCCUUACUAACACUAACUAAUAAAAACUAAAGGGACUGGAAAGGUAUGGGAUUUUCCUGGUCGGGAAGGAUCAAUAUCCUAAAAGCAUAUAUUUUACCAAAAUGGCUGUAACUAUGGAGAAUGAUCCCACUUAAUUUCCCAGAAACUGGUUAUCUUUACUACACUCAUCCUUUUUAAAAUUUGUAUGGGGUGGCAAGAAAGCAAGAGUUAUAAUGAAAGUUUUGGCUAGAUCAAGGCAGGAUGGAGGUUUUGGGGUGCCUGGAAAUUUUACAAUGCUAUCAAGCUAGCAGACUUUUCCAUAUAUUGCUUUCACAAAAUAUUGCUGCAAUCCAAGAAUCAUGGUUUAAAAUGGAAAAAGCUAAAUUUAACAUCACUAUUUUGGAUCCUCGAUGUGAACAAAAAAAUCCAUCAAAGAGGCACGAACUAAAUCUCGGAUACUCAAAGAGUAAACGAGUUGGUGGGACAAAUUCUCAAACAACAUAGGUCUCAGAAAUAGGAUAAUAGAUGUGCUCCCCUUUUCAUGUAUUUCAGAUAUGUUAGACAACAUAAAAAUAGACACUUGGAAGACUGGGGGGAAUAAGGGAAUUUAAAAAUAUACUGGUGGAACAUAAAAUUAAAAUCUUCAAUCAAAUUAUGGAGGAAUUCAACAUUCCCCCCAAAGACACUUUUAACUUUCUGCGAAUUAAGGUCUUUUUAGCAGAAUAUCUCUUUCAAAAUGAGGGGGGAAAAAUUACAAUCCUCAAACAUUUACUCGAAUUAAAGAACUACAAAAACCUAAUGGCAAAAUGCGCUAACGUUAUAUACAGAUGGAGACACGAUAAACCGAUAGAACUUAUUAAUACAUGGGAAAAGGGAGUUUAAUAGGACAGCACAAGAUAUUUAUGAUGAAAAGAGUACCAAGGCCUGAAAUAUAGAAAUAUUAGCAAAACUAUACAAAUAUAAAAUAAAAAAAAUAAAAAGAUUGGUGAAUUCCCCUAAAAGAGUGAUGCUAUACACCAACAUAGUACAGAUUUUUGGAUGUCAACAUCAUUGGAUCAAGUCCCUCUAAUCUAACUCUAAUCUGACUAUUUGUAACAUUUUAUAAGCAUAUUGUAUCAUUUUAUUGCACUACCUUUUGGAAAUAUUGGAAGUGAUUCAUUAUAUUUAAGUAGGUACUUUUUAUACUUGUGUGAUGGUUUGGGUGUUUAUCUUUUUUUGUAUAUAUUAAAAAAAAUAUAUUUUUGUUUGUGCAGUGAUAUACAGGCAGGCUUAAACUGGCAUGUCUACUUAGUGAUAAACGUCUGUCAAAAUAACAAUGAUACUUGACAUGUCAUGGGUAACAAGCACAAUUGAAAAACAUUAAGUGCAGUGGCAAUAUACAGGAUAGCGAUGACAUAUACAUUUUCAUACUCAGUGCAUAGAAAUAUGACUUGUCAGAAUAAACGGCACAUUUUUAAAAUAGGGAACAAGAAAAAACAAUUAGGGUAGACAGCAUAAUCUUAAAGUAGAACUAAAGCAUGACAUGGGUUUGCCCCUCUUCAGCACUUGCCUGUGCACUGCUGUUCUCUGGCAUUACCAAUUUGGUCUAUACCACUUGAGAUGGGUCAUAGGGCCUGUAACUAAGUGGCGGACGCAGGGACUUCGGUGUGGCUGUGCAAGUAAAGUUGUCAGGGGACCUUGUGUGGUGGGCAGGAGGUAUCUAUGCUGGCACUUCUGCCAAAGCAUUUCAAAGAGGCUGUCCAGCCAGAGUAGAAAUCCAGGGUUCUCCUCUAGGUGUUUCCGAGAGCAUGUUGUCUCUGCCAUGUUGGGUAUGCCUUUUUUGUUUGCAACUUGUGUUGCAGCAGGACUGCCAACCACCCAUGGAGGUAAGGAACAAUCGAGUUGUGGACCAGGAUCACCCCCGCAGGUCCAUGGGGGGGGAUAGCGGGGCGUCAGUUAAAUUAGUUUGCAGGUGUCUGGCUGGAAGAUCGGCCACCUCCCCCCUCCACAAUGCCCACUAGGCCUUACUCACAAGUGGCAAAGAUCACUGCCGACGACUGCUGGAAGCAGCCCUGAGCUGGUCAGUAGAUGCAGGAUGGCUCAUUCUGUCAGCUCAAGAUAAAGAGCCCAAGAUACUGGCAACUGGGCUAAAUCAACAAAAUCAUGAGGAGCUCUCAGAGAAUACUUCCAGUUGUCAUUACAUUCAGACAGAAAGGCAGACACAAGAAAAUGCUGCAACAAAAACCUAGAAAUGGCCUGUACUGGGGCCACCCAGUUGGCCUCAUGGUAAAGCAUCCACUGAAGCAUCCAAUGAAAAUUCAUACAAAAAUUCAAUAGUAGACCACAAAGAGAAACAUCUAACUGAACUACAAAAAUAUUUUUCAGUAAUCCAGGACUUGGUUAAUGAAGCAGUUUUGGUUUAUAGAUUAUGCCACUAAAGUCUCACUGUUCGGUUCUCUGCCAUUUAGGAGUUAAAUAACUUUUUUUUAUGCAGCCCUAGGCACACCUCCCUGCAUGUGACUUGCGCACCAUUCCUAAACACUUUCUGUAAACUGACAUUUAAUGUUUACAUAUUUAAAACUCAUUAAUUGCACAGUCUAUUUAAUUUAGAAUUUCAUAUCUGCUACACUGUUAAUAGCCUGAUAGACCUUGCAGGAGCCUCCUGUGGGUGAUUAAAGCUUAAUUUACAGAGCAGGAGAUAAACAUAUUCUAAAGAAAGUUAACAUCUGAUUGAAAGUGAAGGCAUUUUCUUUUUAAUGCAAGCUCUGUGAGUCACAGCCAUUGGAGGUGUGACUAGGACUGCAUGAACAGAAAUAAAGAAAUGUAACUACAAAAUUUUAGCAAAUUUAGAAGUACGACAAAUUGUUUUUUUAAAUAUAGUGUCCCUUUAAAGUGCUGAGUAUUUUUCAUCAAAGAUGUUAUCUUUACCUGAGUGUUGUAUUUGUAAAUGGUAAAUUUCUCUCAACAGUCAAUACUGGUUCAAAUGGGUUUCUGUGGAAGUACUGUGUGUUUCACAAUGACUCCAGCAUGUUCAUUCUAAUGAUAAAUCGCUGGGCACAGUGUCUUGUUUCUUCUGGGAAUCUAUCCAAGUCUUUUUGGAAGUGGAAGAUAAGAAGGUAGAGCUAUGAUGCAAGAUAUGUUUGCAGCUUUUGCAAAAACAAUGUAUCUGGCAUCACUGAGAAAAAUCGUAUGCAUUCUUGUACACUAUGUGCUUGGAUUACCCCGCUGAACUCUGUACGAACAUAAAGAUUUGUAUCUAUUUUCAAACUGCAAAUUAUUUAGAGAAUAUAUUUCCAAAUACUUAAUUUAAUAAACCAUACAACAAUGACAAUUAUGUUUGUUACUAAACUACAAUUUGUGGUGACUUGAGAAACAAAUUGCAAUAUCAAGUACAAAUACCGUGAUAAGAAAAUCUUAGCAAAUUGAAUUGUUUCCAACUGCGAUUGUUGUCUAAGUUGAUUGUCGAGUCACCAAAAACCAUCACUGAUUGUCUAUCAAAGACUGAAAUCCUUACUAAGUUUGAAUGAAAACCUAAAUCCUGUCCUUGCAUGACCUCCCACAUCUUGGAGAACAAGAACUGGCCUUUCAUAAGUGAACCUAUGCUAUUUAAUCUUAACUCUUUUCACCAUUUAUAUAAAUAUUGGCAACAUUGACAAUUAAAGCACUAUUUUAUAUAAUAAAAAUUACUGUAUAAUUUAUCAUAGGUGCAAAUAAAUGUUAAUAAGUUACAUUGUAAUCUGUAAUGGUUCUAUUUAAAAUGUAAAACAAAGAACGAUAAGAAAAAAAUAGAGAGGCUUGGAGAAAUUUUCUAAAUAUGUCUGUAUCAUUGUUUCCAACAAAGUUUGUCGUUAUUUGCACUUUGAUAUGUCUUCAGAGAUAUAUUUCACACCAUCACUCACUAAACAGUUAUGCUUCCUGUGACUCAUUUACAACAAUGCUAUCUGCUGGAAUAAUUUAUUAAUCUUGAGUGUGCAAGUUUGCAGAUGCUGACAUCAAAGUAGAAAUUCAGAACAUGCCAAUAUAAUCCUGUUUUAUACUUUUUUGAAUAGCAAAUAUCAUAUUAUACUUUAUUGGUGACCGACACUACAAAACAUCACAGUUCUUAAAGUGUCUGAACUCUCACGUCCCACUCAUUAUAUACUUUUAUAAAGUAUAGCUUUUUUUAAUGAAAUGAGGAAAAAUGGUGGCAACCCAAUACAGAAAUACACAUUAAUCCCAAUCCCUCAUUUGUCAUUGAUUCAUGAUGAUUUCUGAACUUUGUUCAGUAUUUUGUUUGUUUUCAACACAUUUACAAUCCAAAAAUGUCUUCACUGCUUUUGGUAAACAUUAUUUUUUCGUCUUCACUAACAUUGCAUAAGACAUUAUUAUCAAUUCAAAACUUGGCAAACUGAAUAGUCAUCUUGCAUUUGUAGAGCUCAUAUUGCAGUUAUUGAAAGGCAAGCUUAUAUCAAAGGUUAUUGAAAGGCAAGCUUAUACCGUGAUAACAUUUACAGCUCAAGAGAAGUGAACCAUUUACUAUAAAAUUGGGAACUCUAAAACCUUUUACUUUUCUUUAAAAAAAUGCUCUUUUGGGUAUUAUUCUUUUGGAAAAAGUUUUAAAAUAAGUUUUACUUCCUGUAAUCCAGCAUUAGGUGAAGCUCCCAGCACUGUGCACCAUGCCCUCGUGUGACAUCACGUGUGCCGGAGGUGUAACUAGUACACAAGUGCAAAAAACUCUGGAUGUGCAGAAACACUGCACAUUCAAACUCCUACCACCAUGACCACUUCUAAAAGCAGAAGUGGUCAUGGUGGUUGGAGUAACCCUUUCACAAUUUACCAUAUCCCUAUCACAAUAUAUCACAUCCUACAAGCGCUCUAUGGGAGCCAACCAGGAUGCAGAAGAGAGCCCCAGUAUUAUACACUUCUGAGCUAUAGCCUAGAGCUGGCGUGUCAAUAUAAGUGUUUGAAUCUGUGUAUAUCUAUGUGUCUAUGUGUUUUGUGCAUCUGUGUUAGUGUGUUUGAAUCUGCAUGACUGUGCGGGAAUCUGCAUAUCUGUGUAUGUGUAUUUUUCAGUGUCUGUGUAUGAAUCUGUGUGUGUGUAUCUGUAAAAUGUGAAACAUGAUGAGCUAUUGUAUUGGCCUGCCAUUGAGUUGUACUGACAACCUGAGCCACACAUUGCCAAUCCUCCCCUGCCCUGUAUCAUAGAGUCUCAAUAUGUGCCCAAACAACAAAGCUCCGUGCAAAGAGCACCCUGCCAUGGUGUAGCUUGUUUUAACAAACCUCUGGGCAUAUUAUUAUUAUUAUUAUGAUAUCUAUAGAGCGCCGUCAAAUUCCGCAGCGCUUUACAAUGGGUGGACGAACAGACAUGAAGUUGUAACCAGACAAGUUGGACACACAGGAACAGAGGGGUUGAGGGCCCUGCUCAAUGAGCUUACAUGCUAGAGGGAGUGGGGUAAAGUGACACGAACGGUAAGGAUAGUAUUAGACUAGUGACAGUUGCAGAAGAGGAAUCAGUCAGGAGCUAUUAACAGUUUAAUUGAUACGCUUUUAUGAAGAAGUGGGUUUUUAACGAUUUUUUGAAGGAGUGGAGACUGGGUGAGCAUCUAACGGAGGAGGGAAGCGAGUUCCACAGGAACAGUGCAGCCCUUGAGAAAUCUUGAAGGCGAGCAUCAGAGGUGGGAGUAUGGACAGAAGAUAGACGUAAGUCUUCAGCAGAGCGUAAGGGCCUAGACGGGAGAUACUUGUGUAUAAGGGAGGAUAGAUAGGUGGAAGCAGCAUUAUGUAGCGAUUUGAAAGCAAGAACCAGAAUUUUAAAUUGAGCUCUAUAUUUUAUAGGAAGCCAAUGUAGAGACUGACAGAAGGGUGAGGCAGGGGAGGUGCAGGCAGACAGGAAGAUGAGCCUCGCUGCCGCAUUCAUUAUGGACUGUAACGGCGCAAGUUGGGAGCACGUAAGACCACUGAGAAGCGGAUUACAGUAGUCAAGGCGAGAAAGGACAGUGGAAUGGACCAACACCUUAGUCUCAUCUGACGUUAAGUAGGGGCAUAAUAUUUAGGUCUUAAUCCAUGCCAAAAGUGACCAGUUGACCAUGUCUGGCACAUUGUAUCGGAGCUGUGCCUGGUGAUCCAGGUUUAGCCCUGUGUUAUUUACUGGAGUGCCAACAUUUAACAGUCAUGCAAACAGAGCCCUUUGCCUAGUCUAAAAGUGCAAUUAGUUGUUUUGGUUUGCUUGCGUGGGUAUAGCUUACUAGGCAAUCCUUCUCUCUCUUUCUUUCUUUCUUUCUUUCUUUCUUUUACAAUAAUAGAAGGGACUGCACCAAUAGCCCACUAGUAUACCUAACAUACACAUUGACUCACUACUUCAAAUGCACAUCUACCUUCACACAAUUUUCGAAAAUACACUGACAAUCAGUGUUGGUGAAUGGGGGGGUGUAUUUAUAUACACCUCCACAGAAUAGGAAUCCCCCACAUUUACGCAUGCUAACAUUACAUGCACAGAAUGACACACAGUUACACAUCUAAAUCCACAAACCAUAAUACAAUAAUUCACAUAACCAUGACACAUAAUAUUGACAUAAAUUCUGGAAUGACAAUCAUUCACCACUACAUUGACAUAGUUGCUGUACAUAAAUAUACACCCCCUCCAUUAACACACACUUAAAUGCACAGGUUUUGUUGUUUUUUUUUUUUUAAAGUGUUGUCAGUGAUUGCAUUAAACAUUGAUCCACAAAAAUGAUUCAGUUAAUGUACUGAUAAUUCUUAUCUGGAAUGACUGUGAUUGCGUAAGCUUGAAAGCUUAACUUAAGGUAUUGGAUCAUUUUUGCAUCAAUAAUGCUGAAAAGGUUGCCAAAAGCCUUGAAAAGAAGAUGUAAAUGUGAUUGUGUCAACAUCAGUUUCACUCUUUGUCAGUUGUUAAUAUGUAGAUAAUCAUCAAUCAGUAGACUUACUAUAGCCACAGUUAGGGUGGUUUGGCAAACUGAUGUCGGUAAAAAUAUCUAAAUUGACUAUUUACUAAAGGCAAUUUCGUUGCAAAAUCAGCUUUGUAGUCUAAGUAGAUCACUACACGUGGAUCAUGCAUUAAAUAAGGUUUCUGGAUCAAACGCGGGAGUUUUAGUUUGAUAAAUAUCAAUGGAACAUGCUGGGAUGAUACUGAGGUCACAGCAAGGUGCUUUAAUUGUCAAUAAACACUAAUAAACUCAAGGUCCUUUAUUAACUAGGGAAACUAUUUUGAAUAUUUUUGGUAUAUUACUUAGCUAUACCAUGGAUUGGCUACAAGGAUAUUCAACCCCAUUGCCUCUCUCCCAUGUAAGAUUGAACAGGCUUGGGGGUUCGCCAGCUCUCACACAAACACCUCUCAAAAAGUAUUAAUAUGAAAGGAUUCCUAGGAUACUCUAAUAUCGCUCAGUUUAGUGUAGCUAAUUUGUGACCCAUUCCAUUAGACGACCAAGACUCUUUGGGGCAACUGUGGUGAAGUUUCCAAAAUUUUCCUCAAUAAAUUGAAAAAAUAAAAAAAAGAGAAAAUAAAAACAAACCUAUGGAGAAAUUAUUUAGAAAAAUCCAUUGUACAUUACAAAAAUUCACAUUUUUAUGUCCAGAAUGUGAGUCCCUACUAAUACUGUAUUUAUGUUUCAUUUCGAUGCUGCAACCAUAACAAUAACAAGUCUAAUAUCUGAUCAAUAUCUAGUAGGAUACUUGUGCUCUGUAUUAUUCAAGCCAACUCAAUAUCCAAGAUGUAGAUAUUCUACACCACAUUCUUAAUGACAAUAGAUUGACUGUUGGUCUCACAUUUUUUGUAUUAACAGAUCAUUUUGGAUCAUGAUUGCUUUUCCCUGUGUUCCAUAUGUUUUGCUCAUUAUUUAUAUUAAAUAUCUUUCCAGCUGUGACUUCAGAUCAUCAACAACAUAACCAGCCCCGACCAUAUCUUGGGGUUCGAGUGAAGGAGCCUGUAAAAGAACUACUAAAAAGAAAACGAGGACAUUUUAGCAAUACUAACACCUUAACACCCACGGUAACAUUUUUAUUCACAUAAAAAUAUAUUAAAAGACAUUAGGAGAUGGCAUUUUAUUAUUUAUGAAAUAUUAAUAAUGUACGCUGGGACAUAUAUUAAAUACAUUUCCUUACUGUAAGAAAUACUUUGAUGUCCAUCUGUUGGUCCGAUAACACAGGAGAAAAGAGCUGGUUUGUGAACUCGGAACUUAAUUAAAUCAAUUUAUUUCAAUGUACAAAACAGAUUGGAAACUUUCUAUUCAAUCCAGUAAUAAUGAACGGAAACUUUAUGAGCACACCUACCAUGAUAUAUUGACUAGUUUCACUGCCUUGAUUUUGUUUCAAUUUCUCGACUCAAAUCAUAUCAAAUGUUAAUCUUUUGAUUCCAAUUUUUAUUCCUCUCGCUAAGCACGCAUUUCACAGUAUGAAUCCGUUAUCUCCCAACCACACUGUGUAAUUAAGUAUCACACUAUUCUUCUGUUGUUUUCUUUUUCUGCUAAUCUCCAUCAUACAUUGGAGGUUACAUUGGAGAUACAAAGUGUGAACUAACUUAGACAGUGAUCACUAUUCACAGAUAAUUCUACAAACUGAGAAAUGAGCUCUACGAAGUCUACAUCUGUCUACCAACCUCUGUUCAUCUAUAAUCCUAAAUAACAUUACCUUGUACAAUGAAUUUUAAAAUGAGUUUACUGUCAUGUCCUCUGAACACCUAUCAAUUCUCUGUCAGGGAUAUUUACUGUAGCGAGAAUUGCCAGAAAUUCAAAGUGAGUUUCAAAUUCAAGGCUGAAACAGCCAAACUAGAAGUAUAGCUGUGUGUGUGUAGUGAAUGCAGAGUGUGUGUCUACUGGAUGCAGAGUGUGUGUAUAAUGGAUGCAGUCAGUGUAUGUAGUGAAUACAGAGUGUGUGUAUAGUGGAUAUAUUGUGUGUAUAGUGGAUGCAGAGUAUGUGUAUAAUGGAUGCAGUCAGUGUAUGUAGUGAAUACAGUGUGUUUGUAUAGUGGAUACAUUGUGAGUAUAGUGGAUGCAGUGUGAGUAUAUAGGAUGCAGAGUAUGUGUAUAAUGGAUGCAGUCAGUGUAUGUAGUGAAUACAGUGUGUUUGUAUAGUGGCUACAUUGUGAGUAUAGUGGAUGCAGUGUGAGUAUAGUGGAUGUAGUGUGGGUAUAGUAGUAGCAGUGUUUGUAUAGUGAAUUUGGUGUGUUUUUAGUAACCAGGUUCCUGUAUGGUGAUGAGGAGGCCCAGCACACAAACCUCAGCUUCUGUCAGUAUCUCUCUCUGACUCAAGCGAGCCUGGCAUAGGUGCCUCGUGAAGCAUUGCCAUGGUAACCCACAGCAAUGCUCUGAGAGCUGGGGGCUUGCAAGAGUUUGAAAGAGGAGCCUAUAAAAACUGAAGUUAGUGAGUGCUGGGACCCCUCUUCCCUGUACAUGAUGCAGCCAGUGACCUGGGGACUCGCAGGUUUGUUUAUAUAUAUAGUGAUAAUCAUCAUAUAUGUGCACAUUGGGAAUGCGGGGCCCUUGCGCCCUUGGCGUCUCUGCCCCACACAGCUGUAUCGGCUGUACUUCCCUGAUAUUUCCUUUUGCUUGUUUGACUUCCCUGAUGACAGCCCAAAAAGCUGUCUUUGCAGUUUUAUUAACAUUUCAUUAGAUUACAAAUUGUAAUCAUCCCGCAGCUCGGAAAAUGUACGUUCUUCACUGUUCUAACUCAAUUAUGAAGAUGCAUAUUGUGGGUAACCAUAGCAAAGUGAUGACAAAUAAUCGAAAUGUGUAACUUCAUGGUGUUUUUAAUUGUUACACUCAUAAAUUAACCGAGCCUUGAGAUUAUGAAUUAAAUUAGUCGACCACUUCUUCUUCUAUCUGUUUCUAGGUGACUUCAACCUACCAGACAUAUCCUACCUAUGCCCCAAUGGGUAAUUAUUCUAAAUUAUUAUUAUUACAUUUAAUUCUUUCACAUAAGUAUUUUAAGCUAUCUUCAUAUGAUACUCAUUGUCUUUUACCAGUUUCAAAUUCCACUGACUUCUCCUAUGUUGAUACGACUGUUACCACGUCAGCAUUGCCUCUACAUGAUGAAGGAACUGUUUAUACGAGUUGGAUUUCCCAGCCUCCCACAGCUGCUUUUCAACCUUUAACCCAAUGGACAACAUGUCCAGAAUACAUUUCACAUGAAACUGUUAGCUGCCCAUAUACUGGAGAUAUGUAUGUCCAACCAAUGUGUCAAGGUUACACAGUGGUUGGACCACCUUCCGUUUUGACCUACACUUCUCAACCACUACUAACUAACUUCACAGUAAGUAAACCGGCUAAAACAAAAUCAUGAAUACAUAUUGUUUACAUAAUGUAUAUUGAGAUAAAAAUCUAAACAUGUUUUUCAAAAGCAAGGGAAUAUUCGGAAACGUUAUACUAAAUGCAUAGUAUAUGUAAGAAAGGAUCAGUAAGUAACAUGAAUCAAAGGUUUUUGAUAUUUCAACAAUUUCAUUGUUUAUAUAAAUAUAAGUUUUCAUUGGACGAAGUAAUUAACAGGUAACUUACCAUAUUUCUAUGUUUUGGCUAAACAUUAUUGUAUUUACAAUUCAACAACACCUGAAGUAUUAUCUAUUGGCUAUUCUUGUUGUGAAACAUACACAAUGUACCAAUUCCAUAUUAUAAUUUAAGCAAAAAAGAUGAGUUUCAUUUCUGCAUAAAUUAGACUAAUAUAUAGUGUUCUUAACUCACUGUGUUCAUUUUCAACUAAUGAUAGAUUGGCAUGUAAGUAAAUGCAUUUUACAUGUAACGUGUAACAGGUUUCAUAAAAUCCUUUAUUCUGGGAUAACAAUAAAAAUAUAGAAUAAUGACUAUUUCUAUUUCAGUUUUGGAAAUUUGUUCUCUUGAGCUCUUGUUGACCAAAAUUUUCAUUAUUCCCCACCAGCAUGGGUUUGCAGAGAUAUAUCUAAAAUGUUAUGAUAGCUUCACACUAACAUGCUAUUUCAAAUAAAAGAGGAAUAAAAUAAUUUAAUAAACAUCAAUCUAGAUUAACAUUUCAAAAAUCAACAUAAUAAAUCCACUAGUGAAAUAUAAAAAAAAUUAAGGUUAAUAUGUUCAGAAUUUAGGUGCUCCAAUCACCAAUGUGAGUCACUUAUCACAUAAAAUAAAUAAUACAAUAUACAAAAAAUGUGAAUGGUGAGAGCACACUUUACAACUUUACCCUUAUUAUACAUAAAGUUUUACUUCCAUUCUUGAAAAUCUAAAAUCAGGAAGAAAAGAAUAUAUAGGGUAAUAACGUCAUUACUGAAAUUUUCAAAUACUGUAGAUGGUCACGUUACUCAUGGUCAUGAGUAACGUAAUUACCGAAAUUUUCAAAUACUGUAGAUGGUCACACUCACAUGGUCAUGUGACCAUCUACAGUAUUUGAAAAUUUCAGUAAUUACGUUAUUACCCUAUAUAUUCUUCUCUUCCUGAUUUUAGAUUUUCAAGAAUGGAAGUAAAACUUUAUGUAUAAUAAGGGUAAAGUUGUAAAGUUGUAUAUUGUAUAAUAAAUCCACUAGUUGAUGGUCAUAGUGGGACAAGAAUUCAAAAAUAGAGACUGAUACUAAAGAUUAUUAAAGUAGCUCUGAUUAACGUUUGCUCAAAAGUAUGUAAGUUUUAUUAAGUACUUUCUUACAUUAUUGGGUUUAUUGAACAGUUCGUAAAUAUUAAUAUUUAAUAACAGUAUUAUCUCUUUUUUUCGUGCCAGGCAAGAAGUGCCACUCCAGGCAUUGCUACCCAAAUUGAGUACACGGAUCAGCAAGCGCCAUUUACUUAUAUUCCAUGGGCUCAGUCGAUCCCCACGAUUCCUGCAGCAAGUCACACCUUACCCUACCAGGCCACUCCAACCAUGCUUGGACAGCAAUUUGUCCCCAUACCCAUUUCACUUCCAGAUCCUGUACCACAAGAACAUGAUGACACAAGACGAGAAAUUAACAAUAUAUCAAUUGAGAAACUACUUCAGGAGGAUGAAGAUAAUGAAACUUAUGCCAUACAACAUACGCUUUCACUUGCAGGUCUUUAGUCAUCAUCAUCAACAUCACCAUGACCAUCUUCAUAAAUAAGUUACAGAUAUGAGAAAAAAGGCUGAACUUGACAGACCCAAGUCUUUUGUUUCAGCCUAUAUAACUAUGUAACUAUGUAAGUUGAAUUUGAAAAUGUUGGUUGUCAUUAAAGGGGCAUCAUAGUAUUUUACAGUUUGUUAUCCGUUAAAUAUAUUUUUAAGCUGCUAAAUGGACAGCAUUCUUUGAAAUACCAGAUGCAGAUUCCAUUGUAGUCAGGAAGCAUUUCCAAAUUUGUACUUUUUAGAAUGCAAAUUCAUGCAAUUUUAUCUUCGUGACAUUUAGGAGAAUUGGCUUUGUAAAGUUAACUUGUCUACUUAUAAUUAUCCUCAGGAGCCAGAAAUCACUCUGUAAAUGUCAACAUGCUGUACAUUCACGACAAACCUUAAUGAAAGUUAUUGAUGUUUUUGGCUAAAUAGUGAAUUGUUGUGAAUUGAUUAUGAAAUUGCAAUAUUUAUACAAAAAGAGAUAAGAUAGGAAAAAAAGCACAAUUUUUGCAACCUAGCAAUUUUGGACUAAACAUUGGAAUUUAUCAACUUUAUAUGUUCUUAUUAGUGUUUAAUCUCUGCACUGUUUCUAGGAACAAGUCUUUUAUACAACACAAAGGAAAGUCAAUAACAAAAUGCCUAUCCAAACCCAAGAAUUAUUAUAUUCAGGUCCAAAGUAUUUCUUGGUUUUACCUUUUUUUAUUUCCACAGUAUAUAACUUUUUAAUAUACCGGUAUAAUUGCCAAGCUUAUUAUGUCGCAAAUACAAAAUCUGUAAUUACUCUAUACUAUACGCACCGUCUUUCAUUCUAAUUUUUCUCCAUAAGAAAAUAUAGUUUGCAGUUAUUUAAUAAAAUAUUUGACUCUCGAGUAUUUGGC